AUGAUUUUUGAAAAACCACUGCACUUCCAAGCAGAGCUGUUGGUUGCAGUCACAGUUUACGGAUUUCAAAAAAUUGUACAGAGCACUUAUGAACCCAGCAGUCGAACGAGCAACCAAAUUAAAAACGGGAAAUAGAACUAUUAUCGUAACGAUAUUUCAGUUAUCGUGAUACUGUUGCAAUUGCCAAAAACCGUUAUGGUUAGACUUAUUUAUAAACGCCAUCUUAUAUUUAUUGUAGGAGAGGAUGGAGGAGGAAAAGAAGCUGAAACGAAACCCACCGAGGAACUAGUAGUUGUACUAACUAACAUCCCAGUGAGCUCAACUCCAUUCGGAGAAAUACAGCUUAAGUUGCCAGUGGAGGAAGAUGAAUCAAAAGAGGAACCAAAAGGCAAACCGGCGUUUGAUGAGGUUCAGGUAUUGAAUUAUCUUGAGUAAACAUGUUACUUCAAUGUUGUACAUCCUGAAGUAUAUAUACUAGCAUGUAUAACACUUAAAACCUAGAGUACCUUAAAAAUUUUUAUUUCUUCUAGACAAUACAACUGUUUAGGUAAAAUUUACGUGAUAUUGCAUAAUAUUUCACAAUUAAUUAAUGAGGCUGAAUUUGAUGUAGAGAAUUAUGGAUAUCGAGGAGAAUGUUAUCUAUAAGUGGAGAGCUUCUUCCAGAUAAGCACAACCCUUCACAUCAUAAGAAAGACUGUAACAAGCUUACCUCCUCAUAGACUUUCUCCAAAACGUUGGCCUAUUUCGUGGCACGGUUUCAGGAUAUAAACUGAGUACCCCUCUGUGUACUUUUUCUUUUCUUCCGUUCGGUGUUGGUCAGAAAUUCAGCUUUUCCGUCAUCGGAUAGCCGUGAACGCCAUUGGUUUAGUUCACUAUGGCUAGGCAGCCUCGUUUCCAGGCAAAUAUACCAUCAACCAAACUCUUUUCCAAGAACAUAUACCAUCGCAUCUUCCAAAUCUGGUCAACGCCGACUGGAAGAAUUUGCCAGGGGAUUUGAGCCAAUCAGAAACAGCGAAAUCUUUUGAAUGAAUAAUAUACUUAAUUGUAAUGCAUGUAUUUUAGGUUCUGUUUCCUGGACAGAGAGACGCGCCCUUGAUUCCGGACACCAUAUCAGCACUGGAGUACGAACCUGUUGAGCUGACACUUCCAGUUGCUGCCGAGGCUGUGUUGCCCGAUUUUGUUGAUGUUCCUCAAGAUGUGAAGGUUACCGAAGGUGACAAAGCAGUCCUUAGAGUCAGGGUUAUUGGGCAGCCAACGCCUGAUAUUGAAUGGUAUGUUGACGAUGAACCAAUCCGCCCAAAUGAUCGGAUAUCCGUGCAGGCAGAGGGAGAUCAACACGAGCUUGUUAUACCUAAAGCAGAGCUUGAGGACGAAGGAAUCUACAAGUGUGUGGCUAAAAAUGACAUCGGGAAAGCCAUCUGUGAAGUGGAGUUGCUGGUUGAUGGUACGGUUUUGUGCGAUAAGUAGAGUAGCUCCUCUUGAUAUUAGUUGAAAUGAGUUAAGCGAAUUAUUUUCGUAGUUAUAUUUGUAAUAGUCUCAUGUAGAUUCAUAAGGCACCACACACCUCCGACAAGUUUGGAUGAGUUUUAUUUACCUUUUAUUCUGUUUUUUUUUUCUCUCUUUCCUUUAAAACACCAUCGUCGUGUUUUAUAAGUUUCGAUCUCUGACAUCCGAAACUGCUCGGUUUCAACGGAAUCGUAAUGAUCUUGCAAUGUCAGGAAAUUUUAAUAAAAAUCAAGGUAUGGAGAUAAUGAAAAUUAGGAGAACUUAUCGAAAGUCCUGAAAAAUUCAGACGUUGAGUGAAAAGUAUACAAUACAAGUACUGUUUAAAAAGUCACGGUAGUUUAUCUAACUAUUAUUAACUUGUAUAUUUCCAGAAACAGGUCAAACUUUCAGCAUACAUGCUUUAAACCUCAUCCAUUUCCAUUCUGGAAACCUGUGUACAGCCGUCCCCUCCCCUACAUUCUGGUACUUUAGUGCCAAAUAUGCACAUUGCUAACAUAUUCAUUGUAGAUGAAACGAGAGGAUUAUAUUCAACUUUCGUUUUAUUCAAGACUUUCAAUAGUAAGAGAACAACUGGACUUAGAAUUCUUUAGAAAUAGCACUAUCAUUUACUUGGAGCUAAAUCGCGUUUUGUUAUAAGAGAAUAACUAUAUUUAAAUUCCAGAAAUCAAAGAAACAAAAGAAGGAGCUGGUGGUCUUCAAAUUACGAAAGAGCUUGAGGACGUGGAAGUUGACGAAGGAGAGCCAGCUACUCUGGAGAUCUGGUUUGUGAGUGAUGCUCCUACUACUGUAUCUUGGUUCAAGGACAUGAAGCCUGUGGAGGAUGGGCGGAGAGUUAAGAUCAUUACAGAUGAAAACAGCAGUAAGGUGGUGAUCAAGAAAACUGGUGUCAAAGAUGAAGGGCUGUAUCGGUGUACACUGCAAAGUGCUGAUCAAGAACUGAGUUCCUCUGCUGAGUUGAUAGUUGAAGGUAUGUGCGUUACAUUUGUCUCAAAUACAAUCAACACUCUCUUCACCCUUGAAGUCCCAAGAGUAGCCAACAUCAAUUUUUUCCUUGCAAUGUAUAUUGACAAUCAAUAGAAGAGGUUAUGAGAAUGGAUGAAAUGAUUAUGAAAGAGAAAAUACUUUGACCAGAUUCUCAACUAAUUCUUCAAGGAAAUUUAUUGAGAUCAGUGUUGAAAAUUUGUAUGUGAAUAUUGGGGCUUAAAAGUUUAACGGAUACUGAAGUAAGGUGGAUAUCUUGAGUUGGUCCGUCCCGUUCUUCAGUUAUUUUCCUCGACAUUAUAAAGUAGACACCUUUCAAAAGGGACACUCAGUGCCGCCCCUAUGGUUAUUCGGCCUCGAGAGUGAUAAUUAUACUGUAACAGAUGCUUCUUACUGUUCGUAUUUCAGUUUAAGCAGUUUAAAAACAUCGUUGCAAAAAGGGCGCAGAAAUAAAGAUUGGCGAAUGCUGUGUUUGGAAUUUUUAAUACAACUGUUAAAUUUCUUUGUCAUUUUUUUACAGAACCAUCAGAUGACGAGAAAGUAAUGUAAGAAACCCCUGCUUUGUUUUUCUUUGAUUUUGUGUUAUCCUCUUGACCUAACUCCUAGACGCUUGUUUUGUUCUUUCAUUUUGUAAAGAGUCACAAAGUCCACGAUGUUUUUGACUGAGAUGUCUUGUCUUUAAACAGAAUCAAAAGACCAGUGCUGGUUCAGAAGUUUGAUGACCACGAAAUCACAGAGGGAGAUAAACUUGAGCUCCAAAUCAAAUACAUCGGCUCUAAACCAGUAACCGUGACCUGGUACAGAGAUGAUGAAGUGAUAGUGGCUGAUGAGCGCCGUAAGAUGCUCUCUGAUGAUGAUAUCCAUCUGCUCCGAGUGGACCCAGUAGAGAUAGAUGAUGAGGCUAUAUACAAGUGCAUUGUGAAGAAUCAAGCUGGACAGGACCAGUGCGAAGCGGAGAUUUUAGUCGAAGGUAACAUGCAUUUGGUAGGCUUUUGUCACUACAUCCCUAGGGGCUGUGCUUAAACUAAGAAAUAUUCCAAAUAUUGCCUUCUAUGAUGAAGUGAAAAAAUAUUUAUAUUACCUGGUACUUACUUGAAGGUGAGUUAUUGAUCAUUUCGUACUGAGCUCUUACACGCGACUUAAAUGUACUUUUUCAGAUAAAGUUGAAGAGGAAGAUGUUGAUGCAGGUGUCACCGGUAAUGUCAAUUUCUAAACUGUGUCUUGAUUCUGAUUCUAACAAUAGUCUACGUAGAUGGAUUACUACAGAUUAACCACGCAAAAUCUCAUUCGGAGUCCAUUUACUGUGGGUUUUGUCGUCUACGGUUUCUUUCUUUCCUUCUUUUUUUUUUUUAAUUUGGAAGUAAGGUAAGGGGGUUAUUUCAGUGAUUGUAUGCCUUCAGAGUUUUGUCACUUCGUCUUUGACCCUUCUGUACCUUAAACGAAAUGUGUGAUGAGGAUUGUGAUGCUAAUUGCUUAUUUUCCUUUUUUAGUAGAUCAAAAACCCUAUUUUAUCAAGCCACUGCCUGAAGAAGUUGAAGUUCUCGAGGGAGACACCACUCGCCUUGAAUGCCACAUCGCACGAGCAUCAAAGGUGUUGUGGCUCAAAGACGACGAACCUUUGGUGGAAGGUGAUCGAGUUGCAAUUGAAAAUGAUGGUGAUGUCUACACAGCUGUUAUCUCUCCCACGGAACUUGAUGAUGAAGCUGAAUACAAGUGUGUGGCACAGAAUGAGUUCGGUGAAGUGUCCUGCAAAGCGGAAUUGAUUGUUGAAGAGGGUGUCACUAUGCCUCUUAUUAAGGAGCCCUUGAAGAACGUGAAUGCAAAUGUGGGGGACAUUGUCAAGUUUGAUGUGCGCAUCGCCGGAAAUCCUGAACCGAUGGUGGAGUGGUUUAAGGAUGGAAAACAUCUGGAAGAUGAAGGCCGCUUUGUCAUCAUUGAUGAUGUUGACGAUAAUGACAAGGAAUUAUUUUCCUUAGUUAUCGAGGGUUGUCAGAUGGAAGACUCGGGUAGUUACAAAGUUGUGGCCAUGAGUGAAGCUGGAACUGCUAACAGCGAAUGUGAUUUGGUAGUUACUCGUUCCACUGUCCCACCUGAAUUUAAAGAUGAAAUCGAAGAGGUAUGCUGAGUUGCUUUUUGCUGACAAAAUCACCUUCCUCGUUCCUCUGUAUUUGUAAUUUGAAUGCCAACAUAGCUGGUGCACACUACAAAAUUCACAUAAAAAAGCUUCUUAUAGCGACACUAAAUUUCUGUUUAUUUCCAUCUUGUAAGUCUUUCAACGGGAUACACUCAGGAGGCAAUUAAUUGUGCUCCCAAGGGUGUUCUGGUUGGGGAAGGUUAUGCACUUUUCAGUCAAAUGGUUACAGUAGUUUUGAGUGUAAAACUCAAGUUUCUUUUGUUCCAAACAAACUCUUUACCAACAAAAGGACCAUUGCAAUUAACAGUUGGUCGUUGAGGAAUCCUGAUCAAACUUUGCCCGUAGUUGUAACCGGCUUUUAAAUCAUUAACAACUUGAAGGUGAAUUUAAUUUUUCCUUGAGCAGUUAAUAAGAUUAUGACUUCCAUACAUGCUACUUAUUGGUAAUUAUGAACCGACUGUAAUAAAACGAAGGUAGUGAAGUUCAACAAAAAGUGAUGUUCGAUCACCUUUGUUUUGUCUCAACAAAAUGAUGACCCACGUCCCACGUCUUUCUUCAUGAGAAAAAAUUUAUAAUUCUUUGCAGCUCUGGGGGGUGUUUUUUCACUGAGUGAUCAUUAAUGUCAUUUGGAGUAUAUAUUUUUGUUAUUAUUAGGUACCAUUAGAAGGUUCACAAGGAGAUAAUGUGACAAUGGUUGUACAUACUGGCCGCCUGCCCGCGCCAUCCAUUGCUUGGUUUAAAGAUGAGGAACCCAUUGUGUCAGACUCGCAUCUAGAAAUCACACAAGAACCUGAUCUCUGUCAGCUGUUAGUUAAUCACGUGACACCAGCCGACUCGGGCACUUACAAGUGUGUUGCAUCUAGUGUUAUGGGAACCAUUACAAAGAAAUUCCUUCUUAACAUUGAAGGUGAGUUUGUCACUUUUGCGAGCUUAUUAGUUGAAUUAUGCCCUCACGCGUGCUGUGAAAUCUUGACUUGGGUUGAGUGAUACUUGUAUUUGUUUUGUUUGUACACAAAAAAAAUGCUUUAACAGCUGCGGAUGUAACGUUAGUUUUGCUUUUCUUUGUUGCUACUCUUUGUGACUUUGUAGAUAACCAAAAAAGAAAAAUCGUGCACCAAUUUGCUGGCGAUUAGAGGUAAAACCAAGCCAAUCGUGAUUUUUUCGCGCGCGUUGGUUAUUUACUUUUGUUUUCGUUUGACAGCACGUGGAAACUGUCUCAAUUAAGCGGUGAUAUCAUUUUAGUAAACAGUGUAAAUCACAUAAAUACUAAUGCUCUACGCAUACUGUAGAGCAGAUAUAACUUAGAUGUUUUCCAGAAAGAACUUGGAAGCUCUCAGAAUCUUAGGGCCAGUUAUUUAAACGUAGCUUAGGCAGUGUUUAACAAAAUCGCGUUUAAGCCAUUUUCAGUUUGCUCAAGUGUUUUAUCUAAACACCAUUUAUUGCGAAAAGGUUUAUGAAAGCAUAGAUAGUAGACCAGAAAAGAAUUUAUCUUCUUAAAAUAACCCACUAAGGAAGAGACCUGGAGGUCCCAAGAUUUGUUAAACCGUGGCUAAAAUUAGACUUCGUUUAAAUAUCCAACGCUUAGUGUUUCUUGUGUUGUAGUUUGAAUAUCUCUGCUAUUUUCUGUAACCUAGGUUCAGAGAUUAGGGAAGAACAGCCCAUAACUGUGUCAGAGAUGGAUGACUUACAGGCUUCAUUGCCCAUUGAGGUAAAACCAGUGCAGGAUCUGUCUGCACCUGUCUUCACAAAGAAGAUCGAAGAUGUUGUUAUUGAUGCUGGUCAGGAAGCCCGUUUUGAUGCCAGAAUUCAUGCUGUUCCGGAACCCAAGGUUGAAUGGUAUCGAGGCUCGGUAAAGAUCGAAGACGAAGGUCGGUUUGUCCACAUAGAUGCGCUUAAGGAAGACUUGUUCUCUCUUAUUAUAGAGAGUGUCGAACCAGGUGAUUCAGGGACCUUCAAGUGUAUUGCAACCAACGAAGUUGGGGAAUCGACUUGUGACGCACAGUUAACUGUAAAAGGACCAGAAUCUUCCAUAGCUGGUGAUAAGGGAGAAAGUCCUCAAAUUACGCAGCCUUUGAAAGACGUUGAGGUAACGGAAGGAGAAAGUGCAACACUCGAGUGCAAAGUGUCAGGAAAACCAUAUCCAAGUGUAGCUUGGUAUAAAGAUGGCACACGUGUGAAUGAUGUGGAAAGAUACAAAACAAGAUUUGAUGGGGAGCUAGCCACGUUAAAAAUCGCAACCACAGAACUGGAAGAUGAGGGCGAGUUUAAAUGCGUUGUUGAAAAUGCCUUUGGUUCAGCUUCUUGUUUGUCAGAACUUCUAGUCAAUGAGGCUAAUGCAAAGCCUUUGUUUGAAGAAAAAAUGAAGCCUGUCACUGUCAACGAAGGAGAUCCAGCAACAUUUACUGUGAAGGUGACUGGUAACCCCCCUCCUGUUAUUGACUGGUAUCAGGGCAAGGAGCAGCUGGAGGAUAAAGGGCGUAUUGAAAUGGUCGACAGUGAAGAAACCAGUAUUUACUCACUUACUAUUAAAGACACUCUUUUAGAGGAUGCUGGUACUUACAAAUGCGUAGCCAAGAACGAAGAGGGGGAGGCUUCCAGCAAAGCUGCUUUGGCUGUGAAAGAGAUCAUCUCUGAGCCUGAAUUUGAAACUGAGAAAGGUCAAAGUCGUGAGGGGGCUACCCCAAUUAAGGUCCGAGAAGGAGAUGUCGUGAGUCUCAGUGCCGUUGUGAAGGGAAAGCCAGCACCUGCCAUUGAAUGGUACAAAGAUGACGCGAAACUGCGGGAAACAAGCCGUUUGAAGAUGGAUGCCAAAGAUGGUGAACUUUCUCUGAUAAUACUAGAGGCAAAGCCUGACGACUCUGGAGUUUAUAAAUGUGAAGCCAAAAGCAAAGGUGGUAAAGCCGAAAAAACAUUUAACGUCAACGUUCAAGGUACUGUUUCCAGUGAACACCCGUGUUAUGGUUGUUAAAUUCAAAUUAACCUUUUAAUGAUUUUAUUAUUUUAAUUCUCCUAACUUUGCCUCAUUGGUGUCCAAACAAACGAAAACUUAACGCCUCAAAGUUGAUAAAUCAUUAGAACCCACGAUGAUAGUUUGCUUUGAUAAUCAUAAUGGUAUUGUAUAAAAAGGUAGUAUAUACAUAUAGGGCCAACAGAUGUUUAGUUAGAAGAAAAGCUUCUUACGUAUCGUAUCGUUUUUCUGUUUAUUGUAGCCGAAAAACCCGACGGUUCGGCACCAUUGUUUACAGAGUUACUCCAGCCUGAAGAGGUGGUACAAGGAUCUCCAGCUAAACUCCAGUGUCGAGUUACCGGUGUGCCGGAGCCGACCAUUGAGUGGUUUGUAGAUGAUGAGCCUGUGAAAGAAGAAAAGAGAAUAAAGAUACGGUUUGAUGGCGAGUUGUGCACUUUAAAGUUUCUGUCAACGGAACUUGAAGAUGAAGGCUCUUACAAGUGCGUGGCUAAGAACGAGUUUGGUUCAGCCUCGUGCGUUUCUGAACUUCUUGUAAACGAACCAAAAAUGAAGCCAGAGUUCGUGGAGAAGAUGAAACCUGCUAAUGUGGCCGAGGGAGAGGCCGCCCGCUUUGAUGUUCAAGUUGACGGCAAUCCGCUGCCAAUGGUUGAAUGGUUUCGAGGUAAAGACAAACUUGAAGAUGAAGGACGUUAUGUGAUGGAUGAUGCCGAAGAAGAGGGAAGGCAUACGUUGAUUAUUGAAGACGCAGUUCCUGAAGACGCAGGUACGUACAAGUGUGUCGCAUCCAAUGAGGAAGGGCAGGCAACCACCAAGGCUGCUCUUGCUGUGAAGGAGAAGAUGAUCGUACCUGAGUUCAUAGAUGACCAACAAGAAGCGUCAAUAAAUGUGGCUAGUGGAGAUGACGUAGGUCUAAGCGUAUGCGUUACAGGGAAACCCUUACCCUCAGUGGAAUGGUACAAGGAUGACCAGAAGAUGCGGAAGACAAGCAAACUGAAGAUCAAUCAGAAAGAUGAUAAGGUUUCACUAAUUAUUUUGAACGUCACGCCUGAUGAUUCUGGCACCUACAAAUGUGUAGCUUCUAGCAAAGCUGGGACAGCGACUCGUUCAUUUGAUGUUAAUGUGGCAGGUAAGAUGAACCCUAAACACUUUUAUCAGUGCUUUACCUAUUUCACUGUAGUCAGUGCACACGCCCAUGUAAGUAAUUACUUUGUAUAGGCAUCAUAAUGUGUCUAAGGUCAGUUUGGAGUAUGGGAAGAAGUGUUUACCUGAAUAAACUGCUACUUUGUAAAGCCUUUGAAGUUGUAUAGGCAUCAUAAUGUGUCUAAGGUCAGUUUGGAGUAUGGAAAGAAGUGUUUACCUGAAUACACUGCUGCUUUGUAAAGUCUUUGAAGUUACCGUCCCUUAUAGCACAGUUUUCUUUCUUGCUAUUCAGCCACGAGGCCGGAAGGCAAAGCACCGGAGGUUAUCAAGCCUGCAAACAGCGCUGAAGUCGAAGAAGGUAAACCAGCAAGGAUAGAGUGUCAGAUUGCUGGGAAACCCAAGCCUAAUGUGGAAUGGUUUAAAGACAGCGAAAAGGUCAAAGAGAGCAAUCGCGUCAGGCCUGAAGUCAGCGAUGACACUUUCUCGUUGAACUUUAAAGAAACUAAGCUUGAAGAUGAAGGAGACUACAAAUGUGUUGCUCGGAAUGAGUUCGGUAGUGUGUCAAGCCAGGCUGAGCUUCUUGUCAACGGGGCACUUACUAAGCCCGAAUUUGAAGAAAAGAUGAAGAACUUGAACGUUCAGGAGGGGAAAGAGGCCAGGUUUGACGUGCUAGUUACUGGUGUUCCACCGCCAGAAGUCGACUGGCUCAAAGGAGAUGACAAGGUUGUCGGCGAUCGGUUUGUCUUGAUUGAUGAUGAGGGCGACGAUGGGCGUUUCUCUUUGAUUAUCAAGGACGUACAGCCGGAGGAUUCUGGAAAGUAUGAAUGUGUCGCGUUCAGUGAAGUGGGAGAAGUGUCAUGCAAGGCUAACCUAGCUGUGGAGGAAACUCUUGUAGCUCCCGAGUUCACUGAAGAACAGGAGAGUGCGCCAAUUGUUGCUGAGGAAGGAAGUGAUGUUAAUUUGAAUGUAGAGUUGAAGAAAGGACAACCAGAACCUCAAAUUGAGUGGUUUAAGAAUGACAAAACAGUGAAGAGUGACGACCAUCUUGUAUUAGCUGAUAAAGGAGACCUGCAUUCGCUGACAAUUUCCUCAGUUGUCCCUGAUGAUUCUGGUGUUUACAAGGUUAAAGCUAUUAGCAAAGCUGGCUCUCUGGAAAGGACGUUUGAUGUGCAGGUUGCAGGUAAUGUACCAUACCACAGCACCUAACUUGUUGCUGCUGGUGAAAUAAACCUAAAUGUUUCCAACCGUGGAGUGACUAAUUUCAGAGCUCGAACGUUUUGGUUCAUUCAUUCAUUGGUUGUUUUUUUAAUAAUAAUGUUCUGAUAUUACGUUGACACUCGUAACAAAGCUAAAUUGUAAUGCUGGUUGUUUAAGAUCUAACAAGACCAAGGAAAGUAUAUUUUAAUUGCGUUCAUUUAAAUGUUAACACUAAAGGAUUCCAUCUGCAGACUCAAGAAGUUGAGGCGUGACUUUUCUUCGCCGUCGCAGCUUUCAGGUUCCUGCUUCAGACCCUUAAAGUUUAGUGUUGUUUAUAAUAUUUUUGUUGGGUAUUUUGACGUUUUACCUUGCAGCAAAGCAACCUGAGGGUUCCGCCCCACAGUUCACAGAAACUUUACAGCCAUUGGAGGUGAAGGAGGGAACUGCCUCAAAGCUUCAGUGCACGGUGGAAGCAGAACCGCAGGCGACGCUUGAAUGGCUUAAAGAUGGAGUGAAAGUAAAGGAAAGCAGAAGGGUGAAAAUAGAAAGUGAUGGAAAAACGGUUUGUUUGUCUUUUAAGGAGACCAGGGGUGAUGAUACUGCUGAGUACAAAUGUGUAGCCACUAAUCGUUUUGGGUCUGCCUCUUGUGUGGCGCGUCUGACAGUGAAAGUCUUGUCUAAACCCGACUUCAAGGACAAGAUGAAAGGAGUCGAAGUAGUGGAAGGUGACUCCGCAGUGUUUAACGUUCAGGUUUCUGGUUAUCCUGAACCUAGUGUUGAGUGGUUUAGAGGUACAACAAAGCUGACGAAUGACGACCGAUAUGCGAUCGAAGAACAUAAAGAAGAGACCAGCUUCAGUCUUACAAUCAACGAUGUUAAACGUGAAGAUACAGGCAUGUAUAAGUGCGUUGCUUCGAAUGAAGUUGGGAAGAACACAUGCCGAGCGGACCUGAGUGUGAAGGAGAGGCUAUAUUCCCCUGAAUUCUCCGAAGAGCCCACGGACGCCCCUAUUACAGUGACAGAAGGCGACGAAGUGAACCUCGAUGCAACUGUCAAAGGAAAACCGAAACCAGACGUGAGGUGGUACAAAGACGACAAAAUCCUUCGUGAAAGUAGCAGACUGGACAUUAAGGCUCGAGGAGAGAAAUACUCUGUUGUGUUCCUUGGUAUCAAAGCUGAAGACUCUGGCGUAUACAAGUGUGAAGCGAAGAGCAAGAUGGGUACAGCGACCAGGACGUUUGAUGUCCGUGUUGCAGGUAUCAUUUACAAAGAUCUAUAAUGAGUACCUAAUCACACAUAAAUAGAAACGUUUUAUUGAGGGCCCCCGGUUGAUAGGAGCCAAGUGCAGACAGGGUCACUCAUGCAGACUUGAUUUUACUGUGGGUACCAGAGUAUGCUGGCAAUGCUGUGGUACUUCUGUUUUUAGAUGAUAUAUUAAUAAGCAAGAUUUGGUUAUUUCAAUUUUCAGUUCUGGUUAUACUUUUCCAAUCCUCUAAACGUAAGCAGACAAUUUUUAGAUUGUUAAUUUGCUUUUUUCUAUGCUAACGCAUUCAGCACAACCUUUAUAAGGAAAUGUACGAUAACUUUUAAAUGAAAUAUUUAGGCGCGAGACUUGCAAAGGGAGUCUCGCGAAAACGCGGGAGUGGUAAGCUGUUAUUGUUUUAAUAUGCUUUUUUUUUUUUUUUUGCAGCGAAAAAACCAUCAGGAACGGCUCCAGAAUUUACGACACUUUUAGAAAACUUGACUGUGGUUGAAGGUGAGCCUGCGACGCUGCAAUGUGAGAUUAAAGGAGAACCAACACCAGUGGUUGAAUGGUUUAAGGAUGAUGAGCAGGUUGCGGAAACUAAUCGCGUUAAGAUGGAGUUUGACGGCAAGCUUUCGUCCUUAACAUUUGAGCCAAGCAAACUUGAUGAUGAGGGUGACUACAAGUGUGUUGCGCGCAAUGAGUUGGGUAGUGCCUCCAGUAAAGCUGAACUUCUUGUAAACGAGGCUGAUACAAAACCAGUAUUCACAGAGAAACUUGAAAAUGUCGUUGUUAAAACUGGGGAAGAAGUCCGGUUUGAAGUUCGGGUGACUGGAUCGCCUCCACCAGAAGUUGAUUGGUUUAAAGGAGAAAAUAACCUUGAAGAUGACAGUCGCAUCCUUAUGGUUGACAACGUUGAAGAGGACCUGUUCUCGCUGAUUAUCGAAGAUGCACAGCCAAGUGAUAGUGGUGAGUACGAGUGUGUAGCGUUCAAUGAACUUGGCGAGGUUUCUUGUAAGGCAAACCUGGUGGUUGAAGAAACGAUUAUAGCACCACAGUUUGGAAGUGAGGUACAAAGUGCAGCUCCUGUUUUCCUAGAAGAACCAAUUGUUGCACCUGAAUUUACUGAAAAAAGUGAAAGCGAACCCAUUGUCAUUGACGAAGGAGGAGAAGUUACUUUCAGUGUGGAUGUCAAAGGACAGCCGAAACCAGAUGUGCAAUGGUUCAGGGAUGAUGAAGAAGUCAGGCCUAGUGAGCAUGUGGCCAUCAGCGAGGUUGACGACAAACACGCCUUGUUAAUCAAGGAUGCUACUCCUAAAGAUUCGGGUACUUACAAGUGCAGGGCUAGCAGCGUAGGUGGUGUGGCUGAAAGAACCUUUGACCUGCAAGUAGCAGGUAAACAUUAUGUGAAGUGUCAUUUGAAUCUUAUUUAUAGAAUUUUACGUACUCUAAAAGUGAAUGGCGAAAGUCUUAGAAAAUGACCAAUUCGACAAUUUUGAAGAAUUAGCAAAAUGUUCUAUAUAGGUUGAAUGAAAACAACUGAACUGCCUUAAAGUUAUUAGUCAAUCACUUUCAUUUUAAUGGCCUCACUUACAAUAAACAUAUUGGCCAUUUGGAGCAUGCAUGUGAGACUGGUUCGUUGUGCCGAAUUGCACUAUGGGACUUUGGGGGGGGGGGGGCGCUUUCUCUCUUUUCAUUGGCUAUUACGAAUUUGAGCAGGAAACUGGGUCAAAGUUCGUCCCCCUAAAUUGUUUCUCAGUGCAAUCCGAUGCAAUAACGACUCAUUCUCACGGGUAAUCUAAAAGUGGCUGAAUUUUGACGUGGUUCCUUAGGAAAAAGAGCAUGUUCACAUUAAUAUCAUUAGAAGUUACUGCUCUGCUACAGUGUCCAGGCACAAACGUGAGCUUGAACCUCGGUUGUCACAGAGGCUCCAGUAGCUCAUUGGUUAGUGCAUCCGGUCUGGAAAUCUGAGGGCCACGAGUUUGUAUCGCAAUAGGAGCUCGUAAUUGUUUGCUCAGCUUUCUCAUCACUCUUCCCUCUAAAUUUGAAAUUGGUCAAGGCGAAAUUAGAGCUGAUUGCUGUUGCUGUUGUUUUUGUCCUAACAGCUAAAAAACCAGCAGGGACUGCACCAAUGUUCACCGAACCUCUUUCACCAGUAGAGGUGAAGGAAGGCAAUGAUGCUAAGCUACAAUGUACUGUUGCAGCCGACCCCGAACCUAAUGUUGAGUGGUUCAAGAAUGGAGUGCGUGUUAAAGAAAAUCGACGAAUUGAAUUGGACAGUGAUGGAGGAGCCAUUUCUUUAACGAUCAAAGAAACAAGGACGGGUGAUCAAGGAGAAUACAAGUGUGUUGCGACUAAUGACUCAGGUUCGGAGUCCUGUGUUGGAAGCUUAACAGUCCGCGCUAUCACCAAGCCAGACUUCAAAGAGAAACUCAAGGCAGUUGAAGUCAUUGAAGGGGACACAGCACGAUUUGAUACUCGAGUGCUUGGGUACCCUGUGCCCGAUGUUGAGUGGUUUAGAGGAACAACCAAGCUGAAAAAUGAUGAGAGAAUUGAAAUAACGGAGAACAAAGAUGAAAACAGCUAUUCCCUUGUAAUUGCUGAUGUUAAGCUUGAAGAGGGUGGAAUGUACAAAUGUGUGGCUUCUAAUGAAGCAGGUGAGUGAAAAGAUUUUUUGAGCAGCAAAUUGGGAGUUGUAAUGUCAGAAAGGCGGAACAAAUCACAAUGAACAGGUGUGAUUAUAAAAUGUAGAAUGGGAAUACUGCAAAAUUUUUAAAAGCGUUUUGUUAACGGAACGAGGAGGGUGUAAAAUUAGCUACUCUUUAGGAUCUUACGGUGUGGUGUUAACAGUUCAGUUGAAAAUUUUUAGCAACACAUGUAAUUAAUUUAUACUUCACGAACGAAUCUGUUCGAACCUGCCAACUGCAUUGUUUUUCUAUGUGAUUGUGCUGUUGAAUUCUUAAUUGUUAGCGAUGAGAGGCAAUUGCGAUAACACGCUAUGCCAAAAUAAUAUGGGCUGAAGAGUCUUCAUGAUAGUAAUUAACUCUUUUGCAUCAGGUAAAAACACAUGCCGAGCAGAUCUCAAGGUCAAGGAGAAGCUGUUUGCUCCUGAAUUCUCUGAAGAGCAGUUGGACACGCCCAUUACAGUGACAGUAGGCGACGAAGUGAAUCUUGAUGCUACAGUCAAAGGGAAACCAAAACCUGAUGUUAGAUGGUAUAAAGACGACAAAAUCCUUCGUGAAAGCAGCAGACUGGACAUCAAGGCUCGAGGAGAUAAAUAUUCUGUUGUGAUUCUUGGUAUCAAAGCUGAAGACUCUGGCGUGUACAAAUGUGAAGCGAAGAGCAAGAUGGGCACUGUGACCAGGACGUUUGAUGUCAAAGUAGCCGGUAUGUAAUAAAUACUGCUAUCGUUUUGGCAGUUUUUAAUAAGCAAGCUUUGUUUUUUUGCUUUGGUCACCGAUGCUGUAAUUGAAGAUGGGUUACUAUUAUAUUUCAAUAUGGACUUUUGAGAGCAUAUUGGAAGAUCAGCUUUACAUAGUAUAUUUGCUGGCUGGUUGUGGGCAAUAGGCGUAAUGACUGAGUUGGGUCCAGAAAACCAGAAAGGAACAAAUCACCUUUGUCAUAAGCUUAAGCAAACAGCCGACAUCUCACGACAUCACCACUGGUUUAUGUCUCAAGAGCGAGCGCAGAAAUAUCAUACUGAUGACGUAUUCUGAUUGGUCGUCUCGCGUAGGAGAUUCCCUUCUUCCAAUCACAAGCACUUGCCAGAUCUGGAUAGUGCCACGAGUAGAAACCAUUUCGCUUUGGUUGGGCUUUUAUAGACUCGUUUUUGUUUUUGUUUCUUGAACAACGCAUUUGUCACCUUUCAAGAGCCUGCCGAAGGCGUUUAAUGUUAAUGUUGUUUAUUUAUUUGCUAGAUAAAAAGCCAACUGGAACGGCACCUGAGUUUACCCAUCCGUUAGAGUCAUUAGAAGUCUCCGAGGGAAUGGCAGUUAAACUUUCAUGCUCCGUGAAAGGAACACCCGAACCAACCAUCCAGUGGCUGAAAGAUAACAAGCCCCUGAAAACUAACAAGCGAGUCAAGGAUAGCUUUGACGGCGAAGUCGCCUCUUUGGCAUUUACUGAGAUCGACCUUGAUGACGAAGGAGAUUACAAGUGCGUCGCGCAAAACGAGUUGGGAUCAGCGUCUUGUACCGCCGAGCUUCUUGUUAACGAGACCGCUAGUAAACCAGAGUUUAUUGAAACGAUGAAGGACAUUCAAGUCGCUGUUGAUGAUGAGGGACGAUUUGAUGUGCGCGUGUCGGGUUUUCCUAACCCAUCAAUUCAGUGGUUCAAGGGAGCAGAGAAGAUCGAGGACGAAGGGAAGUUUAUGUUAAUUGACGAUGAAGAAGAAGAUCUCUUUUCUCUUGUUAUUGACCAAGUUACACCUGACGAUGUUGGUACAUAUUCGUGCAAAGCUAACAAUGAGGCAGGGGAAGCCAGUUGUAAAGCCGAGCUGCAACUUCAAGACCAGAUGGCAGCUCCAGAAUUUGGCGAUGAAGAAGAAAGCGGCCCAAUAACAGCUCAAGAAGGUGGCGAUGUGACAUUGAACGCUACUGUUAAAGGGAAGCCAGUCCCAGAUGUUGAAUGGUAUAAGGAUGAGAAGAUACUGAGGAAAACUAGCCGCUUUGAUAUGAAAUCACGAGGGGAUAAAUUUUCGCUGGUUAUCCUGAAUGUGACGCCUGAUGAUUCUGGUUUGUACAAGUGUGUGGCUCGCAGCAAGGCUGGAAGUGUUUCGAGAACAUUUCAAGUGAAUGUACAAGGUACCUUUGGUAGUUAUUGCGACGAUAUUAAAAUUCCCUUCCCCUAGUUGUCGCCUGCAAUCCUAAUCUCCAGGUUGCCAGUACGCAUGCUUGGCACUUAUGUAGCUAGCAAUCGUUUGGACUUUUACUAAGAAUGAAUGAAAUGAAUAGAACGCAAUAUGAUCACUUUAUGGUCUUCCAACACGUCAAACUUACGCAAAGCACUAGCGUUAGGGCAAGAGCAUUUUGACCUUUGACCAGAAGCCUGAAACCCGCCGGAACUCCCUAACUUUUGGUUAUUACUAGUAGGUAUAUUGUAGGAUGAUAAGUACUUCAAAGGUUUCAAGGUGCUAUGAUCCCGCUGUUUGCUAUCUUUUUAAAAAUCUAAAACGUAUCUUCCCAUCGAUUGAAUUCUAAAAACAUUUGACUACUUUUGUUGUUUAAGACUACAUCUAGACAGUGAGACGGUGUCCUGUCUUCUGUUGCUAGGAUGGCAAUGCGGGGCUUGGAAGGACGGGGCUACCUUGUAGCUAAUUCAUCUAAAGAAAACGAGCCACCUGAUUAACGCAGUUCUCUUUGAAUCUUAGGUAAAAAAGCAAAGAAACCAAAAGGGAAAGCACCUGAAUUCACGCAAUCUUUGAAAGUAACCGAAGUCGAGGAAGGGAGUCCUGUCAAAUUAAAAUGCCGCAUGACUGGCUCCCCGGAGCCCACGGCAGAAUGGUUCAAAAACGGAGCUCCGAUCGUACUGGGCCGUCGAAUAAAAGCUGAUGUUAUCGGUGACAUGUGUCAAUUGUCAUUUACGGAAACACUGGCAGACGAUCGGGGGGAAUACAAAUGCGUUGCUAGGAACGAUGUUGGAUCGGCAUCGACCGAAUGCGAGCUUAUUGUAAUAAAACCUAUCUCAUCACCCGAGUUCAUAGUGAAACUUAAAACUGUUAAUGUGAAUGAAGGCGAGACAGCUCAGUUUGAUGUGAAAGCAACUGGACAUCCAGAGCCCAAGAUCGAGUGGCUUCGUGGUUCUCAAGCUAUCGAUAACGAAGGACGUUGUACGUUGAAACGUGGCGAAGAAGACGGUCAGCACUCUUUAAUUAUCGACGAUACAACGACGGAGGACGCUGGUACUUAUAAGUGCGUUGCAUCUAACACUGCGGGAAAGGCAACGUGUCGAGGUGAACUAAACGUCAGCGAGAAACUAACAGCUCCAGAGUUCGUUGGGGACCUAGACGAAGCUCCAAUAACUUUUAACGAGGGCGAUGAAGUGUCGUUAACUGUUACUAUUCGCGGAAAACCAUCCCCUGAAGUACAAUGGUACAAGGAUGAACUUAAUGUGUCUAAGUCAUCAAAUGUGAACACGCUUGUAAAAGGAGAUCAAUACACACUUACAAUUUAUAGCGCUAAGCCGUCUGACUCAGGAGUCUACAAGUGUGUUGCCAAGAGUAAAAUGGGAACAGCUACACGGACUUUUACCAUUCAUAUUGAAGGUGAGUUCGUUGCUAAUUAUAGAGUAAAGGGUGUGGCCUAAUGGGUCCCUUCUGCGGGUAUCGUGGUACAAAUUAUUUAGCAAAAUAGAAAGAAAAGCGCUUAAGAAUAGAACUCGCUAAAUGACAUUAUGUUUAGGUUCUUUACUUGUGGUGAUAGUGGAGAAGAACCUGGAAAGUAGAUAACGAAGUGAUCGUUUGUGCAGUUAGAUAUAAGGGAGCCUUAGCAAUGACGACGGCGACGGCAGCGAAAACUUCAAAAACGCAAUAGGUUUGAUUAGCAAAACAACAUCUCUGCACGUGCAGCACACUUUUUUGUGCAUUUCUUUGCCGUCACUGCUCGACUACGGCGUGAAAAUCCCUAAUUUCACGUUUUAUGGAGGACGUAAACAAGCGACAACGAAUUUUUCUUUCUCUUUUAAAACUUGAGUGUGAUCCCCAAGAAAUCAACUUCAGGGAAAUUCGCCUACGUAUGAAAUUUCCAGCAAUUUGGAAUAAGCGCGAAAAAGUUUGAAAAAACGCGAAUUCAUUUUAAAAGUGACGUUUUCGCUGCCGUCGCCGUCGUCGAUUCUAAAACUCCCUAUAAGCAAGCACGACGGCAACGGCGACGAACACUUCCCUUAAAAUUGUACUUUCGCUGUUUUAAACUUCAAAGCUCUUGUUCCAUCUCGUUCAAUUUGUCAAAUGUUAACGACUUUUUCUGGACUAUAGUUCUAAAGGACUGUAUCUUAGUUUAGGAAAAAGAAGAAUAUGGGCGUUGUCUUGUGUUCACGUUCUCCUUGAAACGUGAUAACCGUGAUAAGUCUCUCGUAGUCUCGCAACGACAGCAAGGAAAUCUACAGUUGUGUACAAAAAUCGUGAUACACGUGCAAAGUUUCUGUUUUGUAAAUAGAGCACAUUACUUGUUUCUGACUUUUUCGUAGCUGUCGCCGGUUUUGGGACAGUGAGGGGGGGAACAGAAGAAUUUAAAAUAUAUGUUCUGUUGUAUCUGUUUACUAUUUAUUAGCCAAGAAACCUAAAGGAACAGCACCUGAGUUCUUCAAAGCUCUUAAGAAGAUAGAAGUAGUUGAGGGAAGUACCGCUAAACUGGAAUGUUGGGUCCACGGAAAACCGGAACCGGAAAUAGAAUGGUUCAAAGAUGAUGUAGCUGUUAAAACAAGCAAACGGGUGAAAACUUAUUUUGACUCCGAAGUUUGUAAACUAACAAUUGCUGACACUGUUACUGAUGAUGAAGGAGAAUAUAAAUGCGUGGCGACCAAUGAGCAUGGCAGUGCCUCUUGCUCUGCUGAGCUCUUAGUGAACGAAGCUAUUGUCAUGCCUGAAUUUAAAGAGAAAAUGAAGCACAUUACUGUUACUGAGGGUUACACAGCCAGGUUUGAUGUUCACGUGAUCGGCAAUCCUAAACCUGUAACUGAGUGGUCAAAAGGCGGGAAACCUAUAAGAGAAGGAGGAAGGUUUAAGAUAGUACAAUCGGAUGAUAGUGACUUAUUUUCCUUACUUAUUGAGAAUGUGUCAAUGGACGACUUUGGUAGUUAUAAAUGCGUAGCAUCUAAUGAGGCUGGUAGAAUGCAGUGUUCUGCGCGAUUGGAUGUUAAAGAAAGAGAGAUGGUACCUGAGUUUUCUGACGAGUAUGGCGAUGCGCCGAUUGAAGUCAGCGAAGGUGAUGAACUUAAGAUUAAUGUAACGGUCCAAGGGAAACCAAGACCUGAUGUUGAAUGGUUCAAAGAUGACAAACCUUUGAAAAGAACUAGUCGCAUGAGUUUAUCAACUCGCGGAAAUAAAUUCGGUGUGACUAUUUUCUCUGUUGCCCCUGAAGAUUCAGGAGUGUACAAGUGUGUUGCUAAGAAUACGGCUGGUACAACAACGAAAACCUUCCAGGUCAACAUCGAAGGUAGGUCUUCUUUCUGUUAAUUAAAUCAUUUUCCAGACGCUAAAGGAAAGCACCUAUCGUUUCACUUCUUAUAUGGUUUGCUAUUUCAGGUCAAGACUAGCUCAUAUACAGCCGCCACCUCCCCUCAAACAAAAUCUUCCCGACAUGUUUUUGAGGGGAGGCAGCGGCUGUUCACAGAUUAGUUCGAGACGUGCUUGCAAAUUUUGCUGCAUUUUGUCAUUAUACAAAAGAACGAUAUUGAUAUUGAUAUUAUUAUUUUUCAAUAAGUGACACGGGCAAAACUUAGAAAAAAAAAUACAUCCAAAUGAAAGCUUAAAAGGUUAGGUUUCCACAUCUGUCACCUUAUUCACUAGAGGACAGUUUUUUGGUGCACAUUUUCAGGGCGGUCGUUAAGGUCCCUCUCCGACAAACGAGACGCAAAACACAAGAUCGUUGAUUAGUGUGCAAUCCUGUGGCACCUGGGAUAUACACUCGGGGUAGCUUGCGUCGCAAUCAGUCUAAAUCACUGAUAUCGAGUACUCUAUCUGGGUCUCGAGUGACAAUUUCGGCUGCAACGCAGGCUAAUUUGGGGUAGUUGCGAAAGAGAUCCCGCUUUCGAUAGCUUCUGGAUAUCCAACUCAGCCAUUUUGUUGAAUGCUCUUCAGUUUUAUGGGAGAUCUUUGAAUUGAAAUACCCCAAUAUGAACACGUUUCCGAGGACCUUCUUGUACAAUAACCAGGGCGAAAUUUGAAUUAGGUAAUUAAUGAUUUUGCUGAUAUUUAGGCGUUUUGUUACAGGCAAGAAACCUGCACCAAAAUUCAUACAACCGUUACAAGACGCACAAGCUACCGUUGGCGCGAUAGUUAAGCUGGAAUGUCGUUUAAAUGCAACGCCUAAACCUAACAUUGAAUGGACCAGAAAUGGCCGUCCUGUCUUUGAAAGCCGGCGUGUACGGACAGAGGCGGAGGGUGAGCUCUACUCUCUUGUAAUCUCUGAUCUUAGACCUGAAGACAGCGGGGAAUAUCAAUGCACAGCCAAGAACAAAAUAGGAACUGCUUAUUGUACAGCUAAGCUUACUGUGAGUGAGUCGACGAGUAAACCCGAGUUUAAAGAAACUAUGAACGAUCUGGAAGUCGUAGAAGGCGAUGAAGCCGUGUUUGAAGUUGCAGUGAUUGCUAAAACCGAGCCUGAAGUAGAAUGGUAUUUGAGAAAAAUGAGGAUAACGAGCGAAGAAAAAUACACCAUUAGUGAAGACCUUGACAGGCAGAGAUAUUCUUUGAAAGUUGUUGAUUGCCAACGAGAAGACAGCGGGCAGUAUAGAUGCGUUGUCAAAAAUAGCGCGGGCGACGUCAGUUGCUCAGCAGAAUUGAAGGUUAAUGACAGAACUGUUGCGCCGACGUUUGUUCAAGGAAGCGAGGAACAGCUUUUUGAGGUGUGGGAAGGGGCACCAGUCAAGCUUGUUGUGCAAGCGAAGGGAAAGCCUACGCCGCAAGUUGAGUGGUUCAGGGAUAAUCGUCUUGCAAGACGAGUGAAGCGAGUUGAGCUACAAACGGAAGGUGACAAGAGCAUUUUGUUAAUCCCUAAAGCAGUGCCAGGUGAUUCAGGGAAUUACCGCGUUGAAGCCACAAAUUCUGCUGGCACCGCUGUGAAGCCAUUUACCGUCAAGGUCAAUGGUAAGUGCAUUCUUUGAUCUGUUAGUAGACAAUGAAGACUGGAUUCCACUGUAGAGUUAUGGUAAUGUGCAGUAUAGGUGAGAGCGUCCAUUAUUUGUAAUCGCCAUCUUUGAUGUGGAAAGUUCGCAGGGCAUAGGUGACGAGCGUCCAAAAUUUUUUGCAUUUGCACUUUUUGUGCGUCGCCAUUCUUUUCAACUGUGGAAUUCAUUUCGAAACCAUUAUUUUUAAUUUCAAAACGAGGCUUGGUGGUGAAAUUUGCUUGUGUGACGUAAACAUGCAUAAGGGCUAUUGUUGUUUCGCAUGUAUAAUAAAGCGCCACGAAGCAGAUGUGCCCCAUGCUUGUGAGAUUGUUCAGAAACUUAAGUAUCUGGUGUUACAUUGAUCGAUGGAAUGUUGUAGCUUACCUUUUCCUGUAAAGACGUUUAAUGGAAUAAUAAUCCCUGCUAUUCAAUUUUGCUAGCAUCCGUUCAACAUUCGCCUCCUUGUCAAUUCGUAUCACGAAUCGUGUAACCCGUCUAAGCUCAGUAAAGUAGACCAACUUGGGUCAGCUGAACACAUCGUAGCAUCGCCAAUUGUUUUAAGUUACGUUGUUGAUCGUGAUGUCCUGUUUAAUUUUCAGCACAAAAGCUUGUACUAAGACGUGAACCAAUCCCACCAGGAGCCGAAAAACCAGAGUUUAUUCAGAGGCUGCAGGAUAUUGAGAUCGUUGAAGGAAGUGCUGCUAGAUUUGAUGUUCGAGUCAAAGGUACAGUACUUUUUUUCUCAAGUUUUGUUUGUAACUUGUAACUAUCAAAAGAUUUAGUGUAGAUGAGGUUGUUUGUAACUGUAUGAAUGGAGUCGGUUGACGCUAAUUAAAAAAAAAAGUAAAGUGAACCCUUGCCGUGGUGGAGACUUUCCCCUGUCUAAGUCAAUUUUGUUUGUCACUUUCACUCCAAAGAGAGUCCCCGCAAAAUCCAAUUGUGAAGAAAGUCCAAUUUUGGUUUUUUAAUAUGGUGAAAACCAAAGAUUUAAAAAUAAGUCCAACGUUUAAGUCUUCCAAAAUGGGUUUGGUUUGAGUAUUAAGGUUCGCAUCGGCAGAUUAGCAAGUUAGUAUGAAAAGUAAACACGACAGUAGAGUACUAUAGUUUUCAUUGUUAGACUCAGGCCAGGAAAAAAGCUAACUUGGCCUUGGUAGAAUUGUAGGUUUUUCGAAGGUUGGACCAUGCACGUUGGCCUCAACAAAGGCAAACGAGCGAAUCUUUUGUACUCAUGAGGUUCGAAAAAUCGGGAUUUUACUUAAGUAAGGGGUUCAAAUGUGUUUUGUGCUGGCAAUGAGGGUGAUGUUUGCUCCAAUAGGAAAUCCUGAGCCUGAAAUUGAUUGGUACAAAGAUAACCGAGUAAUCCGUGAAGGAGGGCGGUUACAAUUCAAGUUUGAAGAUGACGGUUUGUGCUCCUUGCUGAUAAAAGAGGCUGAAUCAUCUGACAGAGGACGCUACAAAUGCGUGGCCAGCAACCCUGCUGGAAAGGCUCAAUGCAGCGCGGAGCUCUUCAUAGAAAGUAAGUAGUAGUAGUAGUAGUAGUAGUAGCGCUUUGGCACUUGACUGUAAAGCUUUGAAGCGUAUGGGGGUCGAAUGUUUGCACCGCCGGGAACCCCCCGUGAGCGCCUUAGCCGCGCAGACUGGGAAAUUUCCCGUACUGUUCAGAGGUUUAACGGUUGUGGUAGUUAUGGGAGGUUUCCGUGCAUGCUUUAACCCCUAAGAGCAUCUGAUUUCUCCUUAAAAUAACACUAAACAUAUAGGUCAUGAGAUUAAAGGAAUGGAUCCCCAUGUAAAGUAAGUUUUGGUUAUUAAACAAAUUAUCCCCCACUUCUUCAAGCUACUGCUGUUGGCGGGCGGACCCGAACUUCGUCCUUGUAUGUUUUAUUCGUUAACUCAGAAAUGUUCUAAUCGCACUUAAUUGUAGUGUAGUGUAUUUCAUUGUACUGUGAACAGCUGGCAAUGAGUCCGCAAAGAUCAGUGCCGAGAAAUUGCAUGCCUUUUAAUGGGUAUAUCUCAAACGGUUUGAUCGCUGGUGGUAUAUAUUUUAGUUAAGCUACAUGCCGAGAUUGUCUUCGCCUUUUUGGAUAUAAGAAUCACGAGAAUUCAAGUGAACUGUUUUCAGCCAUGUGACAAUGCUCUACCUUUCCUUUAGAGCCUUUUUGGGAACCGACUUGAGUUUAGUAUCAGGCCACCAAGUAAUCGUGUCUCUUUUGUUUUGUUUCACAGCCCAUGGCUUCGAUUCUACAAGUGGGUCAGACAUUGACAGGCGUCUUUCUCGGUGAGUCAAGCGAUUGUUCGAAUCGUGUUUGUGCUAUUUUCUGUUCUUUCUGUAAAUGGGUCAGGACCUGUUUCUUUUCAGGUGCAUGGAAUUUGGGAAUGACGUUUGGACAGAACCAACGUGAUGGUCCAACAACUUCCAACUGUGCGGAAUGUUUAUCUAGGCCCAGUAGUUUCACCUUAUUUUAAUCUGAUUAAUCGUCAUCAACCGAAACAUUUAACGUCAUUGAACGCCGUCCAUAAAGGUGUUCAAGCAGAUCUUACGUGUUGCAUCCGAGACUGUUGAAUGACGGAGGACCAAAUGAGACUUAAGCUAAACUGUAAAAACUGCAUUUUUAGGGGUUAAUAUUCAUAAGCGAUAUGGACACAAGGAACCAUUGUCAUAAAUACUCAUUAUCGUUAUCGUUUUCAUAACCUUUGCCAUUGCCAUUUCCAUUGCCUUUAUGAAAAUCAUCAUCAUUAUUAUGAUUAUCAUCAUCAUUAUCAUCAUCAUCAUUAUUAUUUAUUUUAGGGAGUCGACAUUCGACAUGCUCUCAGAUGACACUGAAGAAGACGAAGUCGACGCUGAGUCAUCCGGGCCCCUAAAGAUCCCUCCAGACAUCACAUUAGUGUUACGCAAUCGUGACGUGAAAGAGGGUGGCGUGACAAAGUUUGCUUGCCGUGUGAUUAGCAAAACCCCUUUGACAGCGGAGUGGUACAAGGAUGAACAGCUUGUUAGUAAAUGGCCCCGCUUUACAUGUGAGCGUGACGAAGAUCUCUUUGCCCUUAACAUCUCGGACGCUAAAAGGACAGACGCUGGACAUAUUCGGUUUGUUGCCAGAAACGAGUUCGGUCAAGUGGAAAGUAAUGCUUACCUCAAUGUUGAACGUAAGUUAUGUCAUAAUUAUUGUCUGAGCGCUCUUGAACGUUCUGCAGAAGGACGUUUAUCCGCUGCGCCGCGUCAAAAAUUAAAUCACUUGUUUAUUUUUCUCCGUUUUCCAAAUGUUUGAACGUAGAAAAUGGCGGCUUUGGUUUGAAUGGUUACGCUGCAGGUGUCUCUUGCACUUUAAAUUACUACCUUGUAGCUUCGGUUUAAAUGGUUGCACUUAACGAUUUCUAUGCAGACUGUAUUACUCUCCUCAGAUUAGGUCGCGCUUUCCUUAAAGCGUGACUGGGAAUUUAGGAGUCGCGCCCUUACCAUACUGCCAGCUUAGAAGUUUGAUCUACAAAGGCAUUAAUGAGAUUAAGCCGUCUGUUUUUUCUACAAUUGUAAUCCUGGCAUACGCAGUUUAGGUGUGAACGAGUUCGAAGUUUCUUCGUAUGGAAUGUGGACUAAAGACAGUUGCCGCUCUCCUGUGAACAAAGCCACCAACUCGAGGCUCGGGGUGACAAAGCACGCUGAUGUGUAUGAAACAUCUUGAGGUUCAGCGAUGAAUAAUUAUUAUUUUAAUUUAUUCCCCCAAACCUCGGAACCAAGCAAAAAUUUUUUAAAAUGUCGAAAUUGGUCUACUCUCCACGCAAGCCGUGACCCUGUUUAUUGAGUGCUCUCUGUAGCCGAAUGCGGAAAAGAUUCUGCGAUGUAAAUGAUAUCCUUGAGAAAAGUAUAUUUAAGCAUUAGUCAAAUAUCGAUUAGUUUGAAAUCAGUUAGAUUUUUUGUGCUUUCUCUAGCCGACAUGGAGCCUGAAUUUGAGGGGACCACCCCCAGAUUUACUCAAAAACUGCAAGAUGUAGACGUAUUACCCGGUAAAGUAGCUCGUAUGGAGUGCCGGGUGAUUGGGGACCCUCAUCCGGAUGUCCGGUGGUACCGGGAGAAUGAACCCCUAUUGGAAGGUGGAAGGUACAAGUUUGUAGAGGAAGGAGACCUACAAGUGCUUGUAAUCAGUGACGUAAGUGGAAGUGACGAAGGCGUGUACAAAUGUGUGGCUAGAAACGUCGCCGGCAAAGCACACUCCUCAGCAGAAUUGUUUGUCAUGCGUAAGUAGCUUUAUGAGUUGUUUUUGUAGAAAAUGAAUAACAGUCUCGGGUUUCUCUAUGGCAUUUUAGGUGGUCACGUGCAGGACUUUCGACUAUCGUUCUCAUAUUUUUUAAAUUUUGUUCCUAUUUGUUUCUUAUAGUAACGGAUGAAGAAAGCGAGUCUGCUGGCGAGCAAGAACUGGAGAAAGAGAGGUAUGUGUUGCCUAAAAGCGUUUGUGCCGUUAGUUUUGAUUUGUUAACUUUCUUGAUAAAACGAAGCCAAAAAAUUGUAACUGCAGUUCGUUGACGAAAAUACCAGUCAGUUCUCUUCCGGCGACGCUGGUAUUUUCUUUAACAACAUCGUAAAUGAUUUCGUUAUUUAAUUCUUAAUCAUGUAAGUAUUUUAUUUUAUAGAUUACUUUUUUAUUUGCGUCACUCUCAGUUGUCAAGUUAACCGCAACAGCGUGAAGCUCAAUUUACUGUGUAAACCUAGUGUUCAUGCUUUGUUUGCGCGACGGAAAUUCACUUGAGAGUAAUUUUUUAAAUUUCAUUCAGGUUAAAAGCUUUCUGUUGUUUCUAGGGAAAAACCUGGGAAACCUCCUGCCAUUAUCGAAGAAGCCAUUGCACCUAUUGCUUCCACAGUGGAGAAAUCAGCACCGCCUGAAAUUGCGCCUAAAGCCAGGCCAGAGCCUCCGAAAUCGAAAGAACGUCUCCGUGAACCAGAAUUAAUCCUCAAACUGCGAGACAAAUCAGCAGUGGAAGGCAGCUCGGUUCGCUUAGCCUGCCGCGCUAUGGGCACUCCUGAGCCUUCGUUCCAGUGGUUUAAGGACAAUCAGCUAAUCAGCGCUGGUGGACGGUUUGACAUCAGCCAAUCAGUGAGCGGAUUUACGCUUGUAAUAAAGGACUGUCGGGUCGAGGACUCGGACUGUCAGGGCCGAAAGUCACUGUAAAUGGUGAGUAUAAAAUGGCUAAGUACCGCUAAUACAAACCGCCUAAAAGGUUGCAGGAAGAUGUCAUCAGAUCACGUUUGAGCAUUCAUUUCCGCGUUUUAAAGUUUGCGAAAAUAAACACUUGUUAAUGGUGAGUAUUUAUAACUGUAUGAACAAACACCGUUUACAUUUAUCGCUAAACGCUUCGCUUAUUGACCGAGAUAUCGUUGGUCGUCUGUCAUUAAGGAAACAAAAACUGACCGCUUAAUAUCAGCCACCAAUCAUUAUAGUUAAACCAAAAUAUCGUUGGUCGUCUGUCAUAGGAAACAACCACUAAUCAGCCACCAAUCAUUAUAGUUAAACCAAAAUCUACUCGAAGGUGUUUCGACGUGUCACUGCAAUUCGAAGGAGACAGACGACAAAUUGUGGUUUCAGGAAAUAUAAGUCGUAACUGUUCAUCAAUUGGUUUCCGCUCGAUUGAAACCUAUACCAAUUGUAGAUAGUGUUGUAGGAGAGGCGACCCGCAAUGUGAGCUCUGAAAGGUACAAUUAUUGGAAUUAGCGUUUAUUUUGCACUACCCUCGUUAUUUCUAUAACUUCAUGAGGUGUGGCUCGUCACAUGUUCAUGAUUAAAUGACAGUUGUGAGUUUAGAUAGGAAAACCAGGGUAUUUGUUUUGAAAACAACGGAAAUGUAGGGAUGAUUCAUUUUGUAACGGCUUUAGAGAAUAUCUCAAUUUCAAGGUCUCGCAUAAGCACCGACUCGUAAGCCUUAUUUUGGAAACUCUUUUAAGGUAAAGGGUGGCCUUUUAAAAAAGUACUUCUGUUGUAUUAAAGGUGAGACAAAUGUCAGUGACCUAUAUUUUGUUCCGUCUUAGCACUUUCUAAACCAAGACAAGAAGUAGCCGGCCGUCCCGAGUUCAAGGAGAAGUUGGUGGACAAAAGUGUUACUGAAGGGGAAGAAGUAAAACUGUCGGUUAAAGUGACCGGAACUCCUAACCCAGAGGUAGAGUGGCAAAAAGAUGAUAAACCAAUAAGAGAAGGCCGCCGAGUGAAGAUUGACAAGGACAAAGAUGGCGUCCAUUUACUCCGUAUUCCCAAGGCAGAGACCGCUGACCAGGGUGACUACACUUGCAUUGCUAAGAACAAAGCCGGAAAAGUCACUUGCACAGCUAAGCUCAGUGUGGAAGGUAAUGUAGCAGUUAAGAUUCUUAUUUAAGCUACAUAACACAUUGAUGGAAAGUUGGUUUAAGCUUAGCUUUAAACUAGAGUUAAUCAUGAAUUACAGAUCCUCGUUCGUCACUUACGGAAACGAAAUUGAGUCGAAAGGAAUCCAGUUUCCCGGCCGAGAUACCCCUGAUGAAUCGGCUAAUCGGCAGUCGCCUCCAAUAACUCGAAAAUUUGUGGCUUUGCACCACAGGAACACCAAGAUUAGGAUGCGUUCUGACGUAUGUGACAAGCUGGUCACUUUUCCUAUAAUUUUAUCCCCAAUAAAAACUUCUCUCAGUUGACUCUUGGAAGUACUAAAAAUCGUUUUAAACUCCAUGGAAUCAAACAUUUAAGAGGUUUGCUAAGAAGUUUGAGAACUGCUUGAUAACUUUUCCGAAACUAGCAAAAUAAUGUAACACAUCUUGGAUACAUUUAGACCUUAAAGAUAGGCAGGAUCUAAAAGCAAAGGAUUUACAUUGGUAGAGACAAACCGGAAGUAGGAAGAACCAGUGUGUGGAAUGUAUAUGUAUAUUAUGUUUUUUUUUUCAGCACCCAAGAAAGAGGUCAAAGAAGGAGUUAUGUCACUGUAAGUUUUUUUUCAACUGUGUAUAUAUGUCCAGUAAAACUGAGACAGAGAUAUCUUUCUUGUUUUCCAAUCUUGCUCUUCAGGUUUUAGCUCCUCAUUAAAUAGACUUUUUAUAGCAUUGAUUGACUCAUGACUUCUCAUUUUAGGCCCAAGAUACCAGUCGAGGAAACGGUGACAGUUGUCACAGACAUCCCAGUGUCACGUGCUCCUGACCUAGAGGAUGGUGCACCUGCGACUCCACCCAAAUUUGUUCGCACCAUUCGUAACGCGGAAGUCAUUGAGGGAAGUGCAGCCCGCUUUGAGGUCAAAAUAGCAGGCAGCCCAGAACCGGAAGUACGGUGGUUUAAGGAUGACAAACCUCUUAAGGAGAAUCGGAGGCUUCGCUUUGACGAAGACAAUGAUGGAGCUUUUUCUUUGACUGUGAAUGAUGUUGAUGCCGAUGAUGAAGGAAUUUAUAAAUGUGAAGCCGCCAACGUCAAAGGAGAGAUUUGGUGCACUGCUGAGCUCAUCAUGGAGCGUACGUUUUCUUUGGUUUUAUUGAUUGAUUCAUUUAUUUUUGUCGUCGCGCCUGAAGUAAAAUGUUUUAUAGAGUAGAAAUGUAGGUGAAGAUUUUCGACGACGAACGCACUUGUACGCUUUCGUUCCAUUUUCUACCCCAGAGAACAGUACAAGAAGGAACUUUUCCUAUAGUUCGCUUCUGACUUAUCAAAUAUCAUCUAUCAAAUGGCAAAUUCCGAGCUUAGUGAAGCACAUUUGUUGCUGUACUACAUGUUGGCUCCAAAUUUAUCAUCUUUAAAUAACAAUGAAGUCUUGUCUUAAAUGCUGAAAGAAAAACUCUUAACACUGUUAUCAUUACAGGGCUGGAAUCAACAGAGGAGGAAAGCGAAGGAACUUCCGAAGACGAGAUUCCUGCAAAGGAAGAAACAUCUACAAGGUAUGUAAACCGGACUUUCUAUUUGAAAAGAAAGAACGAUAAUAAUAAAUAAAUAACAAGUUAAAUGCAUUAAAGAAGUGCAAGUCUUGUAGUGGAGUAUAUCGCAGUCUUUUUGUUGCUGUUGUUUUCAAGAAGAAAGGUCCGAAAUGUUUUGUAACUUUGCAGUAAGUUAUUCACAACGUGAGAGGCCCGUUUUGAGAGAGAAAGUACCAGCUCAUAGCGUUGGAAUUUGACUGAAGUAUCCUAUACAUACGAAGACUGGUUAACCGUUGAUGUUUGCCUUUGAAAACAUAUGUCCAGACUCCAAUAAAAUGAUAAAUGAAAAAUAUGCCACUGGUUGUUCUCCUUUAGCCUGCGUGCAGACCUCAGCUAUUUCCUUUGUUGUACAGGGGACGUCUGCACGCAUGCUAUUUUCCUUGGGUCUGCUGAUUAGCAAUUAUAAAAAACUAAUUGUUUAUAACAAAAGUAGACGGAAGUGGCUUUAGAAAUGUGUAUUGUUAGAAUUGAAAAAAAUUAUUUUUUAAAAAUUUACUGGUUCUUUUUCAGAGAGCUGCCAAAACCGACGGAAAAGAAAUCAGCGCCUCUACCAGCGCCGAAACCCAAACCAACUUCAAAAUCAGGUCAGCUAAUUAAAUGAUUGAUCAAUACUUGCUUUUAUCUUUCCCUCUUGCAGCCAUUAGACUAACUGACGCAGUUCCUGAUGCAGCUUUUGACUUUGUGGACAAGUACCUUUAGCUUGUUUAUUGAAAAUGAUAAGCCAUUGUCCAGGCCAUUUGUGGCAAUUAUAUAUGAUUUUCAGUAUUCAGACAAAGGUAGCUCCGUGUGUUUAUUCUCUGCAAUGUCAUGGAGACAAUUAGAAUUAGAGAAAACAUCAUUGUCAUAAAGAAUUGCCGUCCAGUUAUAUAUUUUAGUUGUUUUAACUUUCAUUUUUUAUCUUCUGGAGUCUUAAAAUAAUUAUGCACGAUCGUAUUUUUAACCCCUACAGUACCAAAACCGGUUUUCCGUCUGGAGCUACAGGACAGACAGGUCAAAGAAAACGACAAUCUGACACUUGACGUCAAGGUACCUCCUGAGUGCAUGGCCCGGGUAACGUGGUAUAAGGACGACCAGGAACUGAAGGAGGACCAUCACAUUGCCAUCAUAAGUGCAGGCGAAAUGCACGCUGUCAAUAUCUUCAAUGUGACAGUUAAAGAUGAAGCGGUGUACCGCUGUGUUGCUGCUAACGCCGCAGGCUCAAUUCAUACCGACUGUGAAGUUCUUGUUGAAGGUAAUCCAAUUUGGUUUGUUGUUAAUUUCGAAGUACAGUGUAAGGCUCUAGAAUUUAUUUUUACACCCAAGUGUUUCCUUUGCAACUAAAUUCCAGUUUUGUACGUUUAACAGCCUUAGGCUCGACCCCUGUUUGGAGAACUCUGAUUUUCCCAAGUAGCCCGUAUCACUCAUUAAAGAAAGAUUAAUCUCUUUUAUUCACAUGACUUAAAAUUCACCAUCGCAUUUGUGUAACUCUGGGCAAAUUCUUUACCUAAUAGUACUAGCACUAUGCGGAAUGUUUGUCACAUAUGAAUCUCGUGUGAUAGCUUUUUGCUCCCGCGAUUUCCCUUUAGCUCAGUGGUAGAACAUUUGGAGUGGUAACCCGAAGGUCAUAAGUUCGACGUCUGUCAAGUGAGGGACUGAAAAUUGUUUUUUAUUUUCUCUCUUUUCUCCUCCGCACAAUGCCCGUGAAAAAUAGGGAAGCAAAAAUGUCUCGUUGAGUAUCAAUGUCUGAAGAAGGUUUAUAUAAUGUGCUUUGUUUGAUUCCACAUUUACAGAAAAGGUCAAAGUUCCUCAAACGAUCAUGAACCAACGGUAGGUGCUUUUUGUUUUUUAUUGUUGCUGUUGCAGUUUUUUAUUGAGAGAGAGAAUUACCAGUUAUAGAAAUUGUUAGAGCCCUUAUUGAGCCACAGUUCGAGUAUGCUCUCCAAGCCCCUGCCAUGUCCAUUCCGUUCUGUAACAGGGUCGCAAAUUCAUCUCUAUCUCUCUGGAACAGGUCCAGAGUCUUAGAGGCACACCACCAUAGUAAAUUUAAGGGUCUACACUAUCCCUUCGAGGGGUUGACACCAAUACCAUCGAUUGUUGUCACUCACGUAAGCAGCAACUAUGCUAAUUUCUUGGGGAAAAAACCAAGAGGACUGUUUAGGUAUACCAACAUGACCGCCGUGCGGUCAUGAGUAGACGAUCUAUAGCUGAUUGAUAACUUUAUCUGAAGGCUAAGAAAGGCGUAACCUCAUCAAGCUCGUUCUCUUAUUCGUUGUAUCAUACAAUUUAUUGUAGCCGACUAUCUCAAAUGGCACCUGAAUUUGUCCAAGAGUGCAGUGACUUGUGUGUCUUAAAGAACUCUACAGCACAGCUCGAAGUGGUUGCGACUGGAAGCCAGCCAUUGCAGAUACGCUGGUUUAAAGAUAACGAGCCGAUUAAGUACGGAAAACGCUUGAAAAUGUCUUCCGAUGGAGAGCACUGCACUCUUAAGAUAUCUGAGGUGCAACCUCAAGAUCAGGGAAUCUACAAGUGUGAGAUUUCCAACAAAGCUGGGACACAGUCUUGCGAGGCCAAGAUAACGGUGGAAGGUAUGUAUGUUUCUUUUUUUUUUUUUACCCUUUUAGUCACCUAAAGUGACCAACAUCGAUCUUCUCCUUACGAUAUCACUUGUUAUUAAGCGUGAAGUUGAUGAGAGGAAACGAAAUGACCGCCAACGAAUUUAAACCGCUGUAGUGUGAAUACGUAUGUUGGUGUGGAAAUGUAGGAGCCAGAAUCAAAGUUGAAGAUUAGUUACAUAUCCGAAGAUUAGAGCUAAGAGGAGUGAAUGGUCUAGUCCUGGAACGCCAAGUUAAAAUUAUCGUAGCAGUUCAGUACGUGACUGUAGGAAAAACCCGUCUUAGUCAUACUUGCUGUACCAAGACGUGUUCAACACCUUUCCUUUUGUUUUUGCUUACUUUAGAGGGUUCCUAGCUUAACAGUUUUUCCUGUAACUAUCAAGUGUAACCCUCUGUAAAUAUAGUCUCCACUUCGCUCCACUCCACAGUGGAUGCUAAUUCGUAGUCAUUGCAAAUUUAUCGCAAAUUCGUUUGCCACAGGCAACGUUGUUACGGUUCAAACUCUCAACAUAGUCACAGCAACCUUUUUUGUUUUAGAAUCGGAGUCCGUCGCAGAAAGCCCAGUGGGGGCUUCCCCGGGAUUACCCCUGACCAAACGCUCAGUGGUGUCAAAAAGUGGCUCAAAGCCCACCAUUGUCACUCCGUUGGAAAACGUAGAAAUCAAUCAUGGAGACAAUAUCGUCCUUCAGGUAAAAGAAUUGUGUAAUGUACUUUCAUUGAAACAGAUGCAAAUGGUUCUCAGUUUGCUUAUUCCGUUGCCCCCCCUCCCCCCCUUGAUCAACGUCAAGUAAGAAACUUUUUUGCCUCGUGUUGUAAAUUAUUGCUUCCAACAAUAUCCGCUUUUUCAUUAACUCGCUUGGUCAGCCCAAAUAGUAAAUUUUUAGUCUAGUUGAUCUGCCUUCCUUUUAGUGUAUUUGUACGACGAAAUCGUGUGAGCACACCUUUCAGAAUGCUGCAGGAUUUUUUUCUUUUGGUUGAAUUAGAGCUAUUUUUAUAUUUAUGCUAACAAAUUAGACAUAAGUUUGAGGAAAGGUUCUCAAAGUCCACAUGAAAUAUACCGCUCAUACGCCAAGUCCGUGUUUUUGUUGCAGGUGAUUUCCGGUCCAGAGCCCAUCGAUAACAUUGAGUGGUUUAAAGACAACGACCUGAUCCGAUCACUGCCCCGAUUCAGCCAGUCUUCAGAUGGAUGUACCCAUACGCUAGACAUCCGUGCCAUCGACUAUGAAGAUGAAGGAAUUUACAAAUGCGUUCUGCUUAAUAACUGGGGUAUCGCGUCCUGCUCGGCUGAGGUUCUAGUAGAAGGUAAUAUCCUUAGCUAGAUAUUUUUUAUUUAUUGCUUGGAACCUUAACUAAUUAAUUAAUUAUUUAUUUGCUACUCUUGUUACUUUAGAGUCAAUGUCAGAGUCUUCAUCACAGGAUGAUGAGCAACUAGAGAAAAUGAAUGCCCGGAUGGAACGCCGACGAUCACGUGACAGCGUGUGCUCUCCUGAAUUCCAACAAGAGCUGCGGAACCAUGAAGUGACCGAGGGAGAUACAGUAUAUUUGACUAUCAAAGUAACAGGAAUACCGGAACCGGAAGUCACGUGGUACAAGAAUGGCGAGCAACUGAAAGAGGACACAAGAGUGAAGUUUAUCACGGAGACUGGGGCCUACUCGCUGCUUAUAAAUAUUGCAGCCGUUGAGGACGAGGGCGAGUAUCGUUGCGUGGCGUCAAAUAUGGGUGGCUCUGUGGCAUGUCAGUCAAGGCUAACUGUUAAAGGUGAAACAUAAGUGUCUAACUCUGUCUCCCAAUUGCAAAAUGAUAAUUUUUAUAAAAUUUUGAUAUUUUGUUCCAACACCACGUUUUCGAUCAAACCCGUGGUAGAGUGACGGCGGCUCUCGCGUUUUCCUGGGGUUAAUUAAAUAAAACUUUUACAGGUUUAAUUUACAAUUGAGCCUUUGUUGUAGAGUCUGAAAACAAUAGCUACUCUUGUAAGGUACACUUGUAAAAGUUUUAUUAAAUUGACCCCCUGCCUAAAUGACGUUGGUUCACGCGCACGCGCUACUUUGUUUUGAGAAAAUCUCGUGUUUGCAGUCGUCCUUUUCUUUGAAUUUAAAGGUUCCUGGUGUGUUCACUGUUGAGUGUUAAGCUUUUAGCUUUGAAAUAUCAGAACGAUGUAGAAUAGUGGAGCAAAAUAUUUGUCACCUGAAGGCUUUUCUUUGUUUAGUUUGAAUGGACCGUUAACAAAAUUAUCAUUUUGUUUGUUUGUUUGCGUUUCUUUAAAUUUGUCCCGGUAUAUAAUUUGUAUUAUUUUACCACAGAACUUAAAUCCAAAUCUGAAGGAGAACCUCCUUCAUUUACUGCCCCGUUGAAAGAUCGCUCUAUCGAGGAUGGAAGCGCCGCAAGGUUUGAUGUGCGCGUGCUUGGACAACCAACUCCAAAAGUCUUCUGGUACAAAGAUGGUGAAGAGAUCACGGAUGUACGAUUUCCGCACAUUAAAGUGUUAGAGGAAGAAAACCUUCACUCCAUCUUGAUAACUGAAGGAAAAUUAAAGGACGCUGGAGAGUAUAAGGUCACCGCCAGCAAUGACUAUGGAGAUGUGUCUUCAAGUUCUCAUCUGUUUGUUGAAGGUGCGUGAACGGUUAUUUAAGCAAAACACCUGGUGGGAGUCAACUAAAGUAGGAGUAAAAUAGUAGACAGCUUAAUCAGUUUAAUCAGUUUUUGAGGUCACGGACUUUCGUAAGGUUGCACCCGGACUAGAAUUACUUGGGAACUACCACGCAAUUCUUAUCCGAACGCAAACUUGAACUUCAAAAGUGGCGUUCUGGCGUCGGGUACCUGACCUCAGCGGACGUAACGAAAUGUGCAGUAUAUACACGGUAACUUUCGGUCGGCGUUUGUGACCUCAUGAACGCCCGCUGCUUAAGCUGUCUACUUAAAUUCUGUUUUGCUUAGGUUAAUGUCUUGUUGGUGGCUUCAGACAGGUUUAAAGGCAGAUUUCUGACUACUUUCCUGAAGCUUCAUGUUGAAUUCCGCGAUGGUUUGACCUGCCAAUCUGUUCCCCAGUGUCUAAAUACCAUCUUUAGCCCGUCAGGAACAUUAUAUUGAAAGUAAGGUUUCUUUUUCUAGCAACGGAUGAAAACGCGCUUGCUCCCAAAGAAAAACCGCCUCGAAAAAGCUCAGGCCUGUCUCGAGUUGAAGAAGUCCUCACACUCAAACUUUACACCGUCAUUGAAGACUUCUACUCAGAGGAGACUGGAAACAAAUUUCUCAAGAAGGGUGACAAAGUUGAAGUCCUUGACACAAGCCGUCCUGAUUUCUGGUUGGUUAGACGCGUGUCACGUGGCUCAGAAAUCGGAUUUGUGCGACACACGUGUCUGAAGAAAGACAGUGAGGGGUAAAUAGAUUAUAGUUUGGAUGUUUAACUUUGAGUGGUUAAGUGGAGGUGGAAGGGAGGGUGACUUAUUCCUUUUGAUAAAUUAUUAAUUUAAAUUUGCGGAAGUUAGAGUGAAACGCGUUUUACUGACUAUUCCCAAUAUCCCCCCUUCCCCAAGAAUCAAGGAAAAAUCCAAACAUUUAUUAAAUUAUCCACGAUACUCACAAUACUUUAAAUCUACACAAUCAAGUCUCAAACUGAAGUUACGGACGCUCAACACUUACCCGACAUUUUGUUUUCAGUACCCAAGGGGUACUGAAAACAAAGGGUUAAUGCAACAAAAGAAAGCGUUUACAUCAGAAAGAGUCCAACUCCCACAGGACUGGUUUGCGAAACUAAUAUCGCGGCCGUUUUACUGUUUUGGUACACCAACAUGGUGGACCUGACGUCAUGUCAAAAGGCUCUAUAUGGUUACCUUUCCAGUUAAUGCUGGUAGAGUAGAGGGUGCCCGCAUUCCUUUGAACAAAGGCACCUACUCCAGGUUUUUGGUGAAAGUUGUCGUUAUGAAAUUUUCCACCCACGCCUCUGAAUUCCCCGAAUGCGGUAGAGGUCCAUUGUAUAAUUCUCUUAAUAUUUGUCGUGAUGAAGCUCUGCUAUAUGCUUUGUGUAUAAAAUGGUAAUUCUCUUUGCAUUUCAGGGAAGAUGAAACUGCAGGAAUACCCACACCCGUAAGUGAUGUUAUCCCGUUAAGCCCUUUAGAUCAUUAUUUAAAUUCUCAUUUGGUGCCCCCUGUUUGUUAACCUAAAGAAGCAUAACUCUAGUGGGAAGAAGCUGAUGAAUUUCAUCUUGUGUGAUCAUGUCCUUAAUUCUCAUAGCCACACUGUUGUGUAUUACAAGAAGUAAAUUUGAUGGUGAUCAGUUUUAGGGCCUAAACGGAACGGUUAAGGAUUUCGUUUUGAGCUGCCUUCCGUAAAACGUAAGAAACAUACCGACCCUGAAUUUCAUUUUGUGAAAUGUUGAAUUAGCACCACCACGUGCAAAUUAUUAAACUGCCAGAAAUAAAAGUACCGCUCAUAGAUGUACACUUGAUUUAAAUGGUUUUGUAGUACUAGAGACUGAAAUCAGCAGACCCAUCUUACAAAACUUGAGAAACCGAUUAUUACAGCAACAUAAAGCAAGGCAGCUUUUUAAUAAAUUUGAUUGGUAUACUGGGAAUCAAAAUGUAAGCGUCAGUUGAACAUGAGCGCUAUCUUGUCUUAAGUUUUUAAGCACACAUGGUAGAAAUGCUUCGACUUUUUCUUUUCCAUUUUCAAGUUUUCUUAUUUUUUCUGUAUCUGUUGAUUAAUCCACAUGUUAAUGUUGUUUUUGCAGGUUGAAAAGGAGAGGUUCGUUUGCAUAACCAACUACAAAGCCAAGGCCCCUGGCGAAGUGUCUGUGAAUGAAGGGGACUCAUUAGAAAUCCUUGAUGACAUCGGCUAUGAAAGCUUCUUGGUUUGUGUUGUCACCUCUGGAGCUGUUGGCUUUUUACCAAGGGUCUUAAUUAUUAAGGCUCCAGAUGAGGAUGUCAAGAAGGCCCCAAAGUCUGCCAAGGGCAAAGAGAAGGAGGCUCUACAUCACCGAGAGUAAGAACUUCAUUUAUUUUAUUAUUUGGGAGAUUCACCCGGAAUUAGCAUAAGACAAAAAAUAGAUUUUUUUUGCUUGAUUAUUUCGUCGACAAGGAGUCGUCAUCUCUCCUUGGGAAGCACAAUAAACAGUUACCUUGCCUGCGAUCAUGCUCUCCCUAUUUGUUAUCUCACUGUCUGUCUCCUUAGAGAGGAAAAGAAAAAAAAGAAGAAAAAAAAAAAAAACGUCUGAUCGCAGCUUAACAGUACACCUAGGAAUAAUACUCAGUAAUAACAGAUCGAGGGUUUCCUAUUCAUUUCGUUUUAUUUUUAUGCACUUGAGACUCAUACUGAACUUACUUGUACGGCAUUACAGAUAGUAUCACAGAAAUGCGUCUCGGCACCAUUUAGAUUUUGUUAAACGGACCCUUCAUAAACAGCUGAAUGCUUAAAAGCUCCCAAACGUUUCUAUCAGUGAUAUAGCGUUACAUUUUCCAGACAACCGUUCGACUGAUUAUAUUAACAUUUCACUCAUUAUUCCUCUUUGUAGACGCGUGAUUAGUGAGUUGGUCGAGUCUGAAAAGCAAUACGUUAAUGAUCUCCGCACAGUUGUUGAGGUAAGUCCCGUAUUUCUUGUCAAUGCUGUUUGGUUAGAAUGAAAAUAGUGGUUAACUGAUCAUAUCAAUUAAUAACUGAUGACUAAUAAUAAUGAAAUAACUCAUAACGACACAAAUUUUGGGCCUCGGUUCUCGUAAGGAGGUGAAAGAAACCUAGGGUUUCGUUGAAUUCCCCAAGGAAUACAUAACGUAGGUUAAAGACCCAGUAAUGUUAAUCGCCAAAAAUACCAUUUGAAGACGGUCUACAAGAAAGGAAACCCAAUCGAGGGUUACCUUCGAGUGAGCGAAUUUUCAUGACGAUAAUUUGAGUUAGAUACUUUAAAGCUACUUUUUUUGCCCAAAGGAUCUUUUAAAGAGGUGAGUUUUCAUACGAUCUCAUUGGAGACGGAAGUUUUAGUAAAACGUGGCGCAUACAAUUGGCGUCAAAACUGAUGAGACAUCAGAGAGUUUAAGCUUCACGUAUACGGAAAACGGCAAACGUCAGAUUCAAGUUAAGAAUUUCUCAAAAUAGAAAAUAAACAGAUAAAAACUGCUUAAAGCAAUUCAUAUGGAUAAAAUAUUGCGUGAAACUACUCAUUUGUGUGUAGAAAUAAUGAACAGUAAACGACAAGUAAAUGCGAAACCUGAUCACGUGGUACAAAGUGGCGUUUUUCGUUCGACGCUAAGGUGAAGCUUAACCACUCUAUUGUCUUCAAAUGGUGUAACUUUGGAGAGCAAUACAAUCCCUCCCCCCACCCCGACUUGCAUUCAAAGUUGCGGGGUUGAUUGUUUUCGACAGGUAGCUCGAACAGUAGCGCAACAUUGCAUGCAGGGGGUGGGGGAGGGAAAGCUUAAUUUUCCUUUUUUAAUUUGGCAAAUCGUCAGAAAGGUUGUUUGGGGCAAAGUGUCUCAACUAAUUUUGUCGCCAAUUUUACCACCACCGUGGUCCAUUCUGGACUGCUGUCAAAAAUUUCACGUUAACCUGUCUGCUUUGCCUCUUCCUAGUGCCACUUGGCUGAGCUUGAGGUAGAUGACAUCCCUGAAGAGGUUGUUACUCAAAAAGACGUGGUGUUCGCCAACGUAAAAGAUAUCUAUGGCUUUCACACAAGGUGAUGAGCUGUGUGAUACAGUCGACUCUUAACGUACUCUUGAUUUUCUUUGAUAUGCGUUACGGUGGUAUUAUUAAACUGUGUAGUUAUAAAUAACUGUUGGUCGUUUCAUUUUUAAUUGCAGACAAUUCGUACAUGAACUCGAAGCUUGCACAAAGAAUCCUGAUGACUUACCAAAAGUGAUCUUGAGACACGUAAGUCGUGCUGUUCACCUGUCUAUUCUUGUUAAUGAGUUAAGAAUUUCAAGUCAUGCAUUAAACACAACGCAUUGUUUCAUCACAUAUCAAUCUCAGAGAAGAGAGUUACAGUGCGAGGUGCAGCGAGGUAUUUUGGAUGAGGUUCGAGGUAAUUGAUAUUGUGAUGAAACGUGCCGCCUUGUGCUUAAUAUAACGUCAUAUCUUCGUCUGUCUUUACUUUUCUUUUGAAAAUAACGUCCAUGAGAAUGUGAUAUGGUUUUUGUAGAAACCCAAAUUUGAGAUGUACGUCAAGUUCCUUGAGAGUAGACCGCUGGCUAAUGAAGCGCUGGAGAAGGAACAAGUGCGCGACUUUUGGGCGGUAAGUGGUUUAUGUUGCAACUGUGGUUUCUGUGGUACUUUGCCGCAUUAGCAUCUGGUUUUGAAACCUUUCAAACAAAACUGAGUCGUAUUUUUUUUUAACUUUUGUAAACAGGAGUUCAAAGAAGACACAAAAGACGAAAGGCACCUUUCUGAGUAUCUAACGAAACCUGCCCGGCAACUGAGUGAAUACGUUCUGUAUCUGAAGGUGAGAGUCUACAUGUCAGAACAAUAAUUACUUACUUUCCUUGUAUGUUUGUUGAUUGGUUUGUUUUUCACUACUUAUUUGUCUUUUUUAAGGAGCUGCUCAAGUUUACGGUGCGGGCGAAUUUGAAGCACUCAGACUUUGAGGUGAGAAAAGUCGCAGUGGAAAGAAAUACAGCCAAACCUGUAUUAAGUCGACCUGUAUUAAGCAGUCAUCCUCACAGUCACUAUUAAGUCCCAAUUUGACUUCAAAAUGCUGUCAGACUUACGUAUAAUUUGAAAUUCUUUGCAGGCUGCCCUCAUAUUUUUAUCCAGCAUCUCUCAACGAGCCAAUGAAGCGAUACAGAAGUCCCAUAUAGAAAACUACCACGUAAGUAAUAUGCUAAAAAUUUGAAAUGGGCUAUUUUUACACUUGCUGUUGCUUGGGUCAAGAACAUCUGGAAGAAGAUUGUAGGCUGGGUGUCGUUAAUUGCUCGGUGCGACCGAGAAAACAAAGAAACAUAUAGACUUACCGAAAUGGUUAACUGGAACUAAAUAUCGAUUUACUUACCUAAAUGAAUGGACAACUGAUUAGCCUGAAGGCUGACUGGUUGGCUGAAGGACUGACUGACUGAACGAACAACGGGAAUGACUGGCUAACUGUCGAUUUUAACGAACGUGAAGUUGGCUAGUGAACCAACCGAGUGGAUAAUAAGCUGACUGACUGCCUCGCUGUCGGACUUACUCACCGAUUGACAGAGAGACUAAUUGUCCAACUGACUAAGUGUCGAUUUGACCAGCUGACCCACCGUUAAAUGAGAUUCCCUCUAAUCACAGUAAGCUGGAAGGUUCGGGUGGAUCCGGGGAUUUACAUUUCGGGCAUGCGCAUUGUUUUGUGUGUAUUUUUUUUUUUUUUUUGGCUCCUCGUUGCCCUACCUAAGACAAAUUUUUUUGUUCCGCCGUCCCCCUUCUUGGUUGGCAGUUGGGAUCAUAUGUUUUUUCAGGUAAGUCAAGGCUUUUCUCCUCUGAGUCCCAGGUUGUGCUGGACAGGAGCUGUUAAUGUGAAUGAACCAACCCUUCGGUCAUCUUGCUUUGUCUCCCUUUGCCGUUAGUUGCGUGCUUAUGGGCGACAGCUACUUUACAUGUGUUCCUUUGCCUAUCGACAUUUGACAGAACAGAAAAAAACUGAUUAUGAUUGGAUAACGAAAGUGUUCAUUGAAAGUUGUUUCUGUACUUUGACAGGGAGAAGUUCCACUUGCAGACCUUGGCAGACUUAUUAGACAGGUAGGAAUUGGAUACACGGCAGGCAAUCUAAAAAAACUGCUGAGAUCUUUUUCAACAACAUCAGCUUCGUUCUAACAACAUAAAUCAGCUUGCUGAAAGCAGAAAGAGCUUUCGGUCCUCAUUCACUCCCUUCAUCUCCUAAACGAAAUUAAAGUAAAUUUGUAUCAAGCUUGCAAGACAGAACAUCUAUCUUUGAGAUCAACAAAGUUUACUUUGCUUAAGUAUUAGUGGGUCAUUUUUAUUAAACAUCUGUGGCCAUCACCCAAACGCUUAAACUCCUCUACUUAAACAUUUUACAUAAUUUUUAUAUUAAUAUUUUACAGCUCGAUCAAGAUCUGGCGGAGGGCAGUGUUACUUCUGAAACAGCGUAAUAAAAAUACUCAACCCAGCUUCGUGAAGAUCUCAUUUAAACAGCAAAGUGAGAAAAUAAGUGAUAAACACCUAAUGACAGUAAUACUGACUAAAAUGUAGUCAUAUUGGCUCUCAGUGAGUACGAAUAUUUGAAAUAUUAACUAAACACGCUUUUUUCAUUUUUCUCUCGCCUAAAUUGGAGAGAUGAAAAAUAAACCAUUGUCUAAAAAGUAUAAACAACGACUAAUGUUAGGUAUAGUUUAAACAUUAAAGUCGAAGAGAGCAUGUCAGAGAUUUUGUUAAAUUUCGUUAAAUUUUAAAUUAAUUUAAAGUAAACGUAAAAUCCUUGUUGAAAAGCUGUUUUGCACGUGCAAAUUAAUCUGAGACAAGGAUGCCUAUUGUCGGUUUUGUAAGAGUAUCUGCAUGUGAGCAAAACAACCAGUUUUCAUAGCAAGUCAUCUCAGACCGAGGCCGUUUUGUUGAAGGACGAUAAACGCAAAUCCAGGGUUAGUUAAAAUAGCAAGUUAACCCAGUAGCAGUUAACCCAGUUUCAGAGCAAGUCGGGAUUAAACAACUUGGUUCAAAAUUUUGAAGGUUGAAUCACAUUGCCUAACACACUCUAGAUCACAUUGCCUAACACACUCUAGAGAUACAUUGCAUGAAGUUCCCAUGUUUCUUCUUUUUCACUUACUAAUCACCGUCACAGUUUGUGUUCCGUUUACCUUACCUUUUGCGGUGACCGCUUUAAUGCGCCCGAUCAGUGUGGCUUGCUUCAGUAUGGAUAACAGAUCGUGGUGGUCGAUCGUUGAAUGGGAAGAGCACCGAAGGAAAUGUCGUACAUAAAGUUUAUGAAUGCUUGUUUUGACGUUUUCAGGAAGUUGUAUUGUUCUGGGAAGAGAAGGCUCGAGGUAAAGGAAAAGAGCGAGACCUGUUUCUCUUUGAAAAAGGAAUCGUAAAUACCAAGAGAAAAGAAGGAGGAAGGAAAUUCAUCUUUAAAAACAUGCUCAAGGUAAGGAAUCGGUUAACAAAGUAGAUUAAUGUGCUUCUUUUGCACUCGACAUUUUUAUUUUGGUUUUAUUUUUUUUUUGUCAUCUUUCUGAUGUGCUUUCCGCAAAGUUUUGACCUUUUUAUGGUUUCCAUGCUAUGCAAAAUGUUUUAAGGUUUCAUGACUCCCCUGAAAUUUCAGGACUACGCAUCCGAAAAAUCUUGGUCUAGUUUGAGGUAUCUUCUCCUGCUAGUAGUAUUUGGUAAUGUUGAUUUAUUCACUUUGAAUUAUCUGUGAAAUGUUUUAAAAUAUCGUUUCUUUUCCACUGCUUUGCAGCUGACCAGUGGAAAUGUCGGCCUGACAGAGCACGUUGAGGGUGAACCCCGCCAUUUUAUGGUUUGGGUCGGCACCUCCAUAGCUAAUGCUCUGGUGCUCCACACCUUUGAGGUGAGUAGUUUGAUGAAAUUCAACAGCGUAGAGUGCAAAGCGAUUGAAGAAACAUCGACUGAAACAGCAAAGUCGAGAACAUUGAUUAGUGGCUUUAAUCUUGGUAAUCUUGUAUUUAUAAACGUAACGCCGUGCUCAGUUUGAUAGCCAGCAACACGAAAUUUAAAUUGUUUAGAAGGAUUACAUUUCCUACGGUGUAACAGAGACUACCCAAUGGCCGUCAUCACUUCCUUGUGAAUGACACAACUCAAAGGAGAGACACCUUAGGGGGUGGGGGAGUGGAGUCAUGGGAGCCAGUAAGGUAAAACAGGAUGGGUAUUAAUUUCAAUGGAGCGUAGUUCUUCAACCUUUUUGGGGAAUCACCCCUAUCCCCAUGACAUAGAGACUGGUGAAGUAAAUCUCUACUUUGCUAGUGUUACGAGAUGAAUAUCAACAUUCACCACGUUCUUUAAAACUGGUGGAGAAAACAGCCCCAUAUCAGAAAGCGCCCAAUCGUUCACGCACAGACGUGAACGUGGUGGCAACUUCCCAUUUGACGUUUUUUUUGCAACCAAAAUUUGAAUUUGCCAGUUACAAAUCUUUUCUUUAAUUUCUUGCCGUUUUGGAUUGUCAUAACAACCCCUUUUAUCUUUAUAGACAAAGACAGAGUGGUCAAAGCAGUGCUGGGUACGAGACAUCAAACGACUGCUCAAUUUGAGUGGAGGUGAGUCACAGUUGACUGGUUCGUCACGUGACAGACUCAGGGUGAUAAAGGGGCUGAAUAUCUGUUUUGGUAUUGUUUUAAAACGUUAUAAGAAAACUCUUUUGAACGUUUUUUUGUUGCACAAGCUAAUGAACAUAUGACUUCUCUCUUUGAUGAAAUGUCGGUCAAUACGGUUUAUACCAACUGCUUCUAAAGGGACUUUUUAGCUCUAAUCCGUUAAUGGAAAUGGCGCAAUACGGUUUAACCUUUAUGUGCGACAACCCCAAGGACAUAUUUUUUUGUCAAAGCACUAUACUUUGAUCCUCUCGUGUGAUUGUUUGGCAUGAUGGUUUUUGCUAUUUUUUGUUCAUUCCUAAGCGACCAAUUGAACAUGGACUGAGCUCCUACGACUUCAAAAUGAAUAAUAACACGUCCCGUUACCCAGAUGGAGAAAAUUAAUAUAUAUCUUUCAUUGAGACAUCGUAUUUUUACUAACUAGUUUAUCUGUUUGCAUUACCUCUCUCUAUAGCUCCUAGGGGCUAACGUAGGACUGCUUGUAAUCUUCUUAUACGCUGUCGUGUCAGACUUGCUCUUCUUUGUGUUUGCCAAGUGUUUGCCACAAUCAUUGAUGACACUGAUUAGUUUUGAUUGAAGUACAAUAUAUUGAUUGCACAUUGGUUAAUUUUGAUUGACCCAUUAUCGAUUUUAAUGUUGUUUUUACAGAGUCACAAAUUACUACCAUAGCACCGUCGCUUGUCUACGGAGAAUUCUCGGUCCAGGUUCCCACCCGUUCACUCUCAGAAGGGAACUUGGUGACGACUGUUAAGGAGACUAUCUCCAGUCCUUCAUACUCUCGAUUGAUUGCUGAGGUUGAGAAGCAGUACGUGGCCAUUACGCCCCCAGACUCCCCCGAGCCUCUUCCAGGCAUGGUAAGUCAGGUGUAACGUUUAGCUUUAUUCGGUAAAAAGCGUGGGUACUGUUAGUCAAAACCAACACCAAAGGCUCAAAAUUACGAAUUGUAUUCACUUGUCACAAAAAUGUCUUUAACAUAAUAAAUUGGCUACAAAAAAUCGCUAUACAGCACGAACUGCUAUAGACGCUGGUAAAGAUGCUAUAAUAUAGAACUAUUAGGGGCGUAGCAAAUCUCUUGCGGUGAUUCCCGCUGUUAAGCAGUAUCGGGUGGGUAAUAUAUAUGAAGUAGGUUAACUUCUUCAUCCUCCCUCGGGAUGCCGCAAUGGGUGGCUGUAAUCAGAGAAUGUACAAACAAAAUUUUUGACACCAUAAUGCAUGCAUGUUGUUUACGCCAAUUGGUCAACCUUUCAAUUUUUGCGAUUUUGCGCAAACAUAGGAAAAUGGCAAAAUUUGAAGGUGCGUGCCAACCUGGACAUUAGUGAUCAGCUUGACUGUAACUCAAUAUGGUGUAAAGUACAUUUGUAACUUUUGUUAACCAUUUUAUUCAGAACAUCCAACUGGGUGCCACCUAUCGGUUGUCUGAGGAAACUUUAGAACGAGAAACCCACGAAACAGUAAUGGGCCGCGGCGAAGAAGUUCGAGUUCUCCGUUCCGGUCGUGAUCUUUACUUCGUACAGACUGUUAAAGAUGGGGAGGCAAAGGAAGGCUGGGUUCCAGCGAGCUGGUUGCGCGAACGAGGGUUUGAUGAGGAAAUUCCUGGUGCAGAAGUCCAGGCGGAGCUUGAGGCUGGGGUAGAAGACGAUAUCGCUCAAGACCUAAGCUCUGAAGCAUCUGAGCCGGAGCUGGCGCGGCUUAAGGAAACGGGGGAAGGUAAUUCACAAUAUUAUCUGAUGCAAUAGGAGGAUAAGAAUUCAAAAUAUCGUGGGAUAGUUUUGUAUAGUUUGUUUCUAGUCAAACAAAGCGAAUGGGAGACCACUGCCCAAACAGCUAAAACUUCACUCCAGAGACUGAUUAUCCGCCUGACAGAUGAUACGCUUCAGACAGAUAAUACGUAUUAAUCUGAAAAUGAAAUGGUCUUUAGUUUGGAUGGACAAUCCGCCUGACUUUAUCCAUCUGUUUUUCCAUCAAUUUUGACGGAUUUUGAAGAUUAGUUAUCCGUCUCAGACCGUCUCCAGUGUGAAAACGGCCGAUGUUAAUAUCUGUUAAUUUUUAACUUGAAAAGAUGAUCAGCACAAACUCAGCAGCAUUAUCUCACCAACACACUGACGUAAAGGUAGCAAUGCCACUGAAAAGUGUCAGACAGCAGUCUCAUUUUAAUAGAUUCACUCAUUCUAACAGUAAAGGCCAUCAUAAUAGAACCGCAAUCAACUCUCACGAAAACUGACACCCUCAGAGCUAGGACGAACAGCGGGGACUAACCCUAGCGGUAGCAGUCCUAAAGAAAAGAGAGAGUUGACUGCGAAAUAAGGUACUAUGCGGUGGCUUUGAUAUCAGUAAGGUCUUGGUACCGUUUUCCCUCACUGGUUCUGUCAACUUUUUUGGUGAUUAUCUGCGUUAUUCUCAUGUAUGUUUGAUUGAUUCAGGGUCAUAUUAAGAGAAAUAAAAGUUUGGCCAUUGGAAGGGUUUUGAGGGUCGUAAGCGAGAGUGACGCACGAUUCAGUAAAUUUCACCAUUCACCUAGACAAAAGCAUUUUUAAUAAUUUUCUUUGUAUUGGUACUCACGCGCCUUAAAAUAGUCCUUUGUUUUAGGAUUAACAAAUGACUUUUAAUCCCUUUUUUUCCAUUUAAUUGCCAUGGAGCAUAGUGAUUUUGUCUCAAGAUUCAAGUGUUUUAGAAUUUACCCUUUAUAGUCAAAGCACAUCAUCGUACAUACAUAAAAAUACAUUAAAAGCAGAAAAAAAUAAAGCACACAGGUUUAGAGGUUGACUUUUGGCCGUAAAUUAGGCAUAAUCAUUGAGUUCCCCUGCUGUUUCUGCAAAGAACGUAAUUUAUUCUUUGGAAGCAUCAAAAUUGAUAGUAUGUCUCUUUAUCGCCUUGUUUAAACCUCCUCGGCUGGUUGCCCAUCAAUUAAUGGCAAUAUUAAUUAUGUUAAUUCCUCAUGCUCUCCACCUGGCACUGAUUAAUCUAAAGAAUUUUUAACAUCCCUGGACCCAUCGAAUACGGCAUUUAUUUUAUAGUACCGUUUCUGGGGACCGAUAUCAUCUGAUAUCUGAUGCGAAUUGUGUUUUUUGGAAUCUCAUGCUGUUUGGUAUUUCUGCAUCGUGGUCGCUGUUAGUGACAUAACUUCACUUUAAAAUGAGUUCCCGGUCUUACGGUUCUUCGAGAACGUACGGGUCUUCAUCCGCCUAUUCUGAACGGUCUUCGCCAAAACGCGAUUACAACGCGAAUGACCAGAAAGUCGAUGAACGUAGAGCGAGAAGGCGAUCUCGCAAAGGUAUUUCGAAGUAUAAUUUUCAGGUUAUCGCUUUGCGCUGGGUAAGAAUGUAGACAAGUAUUUGAGUUAUUCUUGCCUUCAGUUUGGAUUUCGUCGAGCUUACAAUCACAUGCAAUUCGAAAACUAAUAGUAUAACCGAAAUCAAGCAGGUCUCGAGUAGAAAGUUUAAAUUUAAGCAAGAUAAUAUUUACGUGUGCUGGUAUUUCGGGUAAUAUCUACUCCAUAAAAGACGUGUUGUUUGCAAACAAAAACCCAAUUACGGAUUUAGCAGUUAACGGUUUCCAUUUGUUAUGAUCUAAAACAAAGUGAGAUUACAUGUGAUAUAAAUAUAGCUAACGUCUAUAAUUCAAACCCUCAAACCAGUCUGAGGUAUCCUCUGUCACGGUUUUUUUACCUGUGUAACUCUUAUUUGCUUCGUAUUCUGCUUCUUUUAAUCGUUUGAAAUAAAAGGCAAAGAAUUAAUCAAGUAUUGAAUAUGGGAAUAUGGUUUUGUCCCUUUAGCGCAACCCAAGUUUACAGAAGAACUCGAAGAUGUGGAAGUGCGCGUCGGUCAGCCCGCGAAACUUCGUUGCCGCGUUGCAGGAGAUCCCUUUCCUGACAUCGAGUGGUUCGUAGAUGGCGACAAGAUAAAGAGAGGUGGACGGUUCGAUUUCCUUACAGACGGUGACCUUGUUACCUUGAAGAUCAGCGAAACAAGCGCAAUGGACGAAGGGGAGUAUAAAUGCAGCGCGACAAAUGAAAAUGGGACAGCGAGCUGUACAGCUGAACUUAUAGUGAAUGGUGAGUUUCACGUUGUUUAGGAGACGCAUCCUUACUCCUAGCCUCCAAGAAUGACAGAACAAAAAGUUGUAAUUCUCAUGUUGUGAAAUAAUUAAUUAUCAAUAGAGUCGUGUGAAAGUACAGCCAAAAAGGUUUCAUUUGAAUGGUCACACAUUGGAAUUUCAUCCACGGGCUCAAAAGUUAGAACUACGUUAUUUGUGUCAUGCCUUCUUAAUUGACUUCAGGAGUAGAGAGCGAAGGUUAAUUCAAAGCAUGUCCACUUUAGCUUAUUUGAAAAAUAAACAUCAGCUUGUACAUAAAUUAUAGAGGGCGUUAAAGAUAUUUCAUGCACAUGCUUUAAGGUUGAUCUAAAUUAUAGGACUUUUUUAGAAUUUUUUAAGAGCGUCAUGCCAACCAAAGAUGACCUUCAAAAAGUUUGACCAAUUAUGUCUCGUUUCAUGUCAUGUUCGCCAAAUAAGUCUGAGUUUAAGUAACAAUCAUCCAGGCAGAAAUAGUUGUUGUGGAAUGUACCUUAUUUUAUAUUGAAUUGCAAAUUUUUUAAAAAGUCACGAACUCAAAUUGUUUGGUUUGUUUGAUUUUCACGUCUAAUUGUUUCGACUGAGCUUUAACUACGAGUUUUAUAAAGGGUAAAGCUUUUUGUUAAAAAUUGCGUUUAAUCUCUAUUGUCGUGCACUUUUAAUAUAUUUUAGCUUUUCGCCUGAGAAAUCUUUACAACGGUUCAGUUGUUUUCAUCGAGUUUUCUCUUGCGUGCUUGCGAGGCUUAGAGAUUAAUUUAUUUUGUUUAUUUGGUCGCAUGUUUAAGUGGGCUCUUUUGCUAUACAGAGGCACAAUGAAGGCUUAGUUACAGCUAAAUGCAAGUGACUAGGUAUAUGUAUUACAUAGCGUGCCCGUCUAGGCCGCCCAUUAGGGUGCCUAAGCAACUACAAUUACGACGCCGAGGGCAAAGAGAUCGCCAAAAAAAUACAAACGGUUUAUUAGGCAAAACAACAAUUCUGCAAAUGCGUCACACUUUAAAUGUAUUUCGCUUCUCUUCUCUGGCACAACUGUGAAGUUAAAAUUUCUUAUGCGACCUACAAGGCAUGAACACAAGACGACAAAUUUGCUUUUUUCUCUCUGAACGUAGGAGUUUAACCCCCAGAAAAAAAGGCCUACUUUGGAGAAGUUGACCGAAUUGAACCAAUGGCAGUGAUCUUAAGAGGAAUCUGAAUUUACUUUUUUUGAGUCGUCUUGGUUACCAUCGCUCGUGUGGUUUCAAAAAAGUAGUUCCAACUUUUGAUUCAGUCUAUAGUCAAAAUGCCUUAGUGUCACCGUUCCAGUGAAACGGUUUUUGCAGUACUUAGUUGGUGUCGUUUAUUCCGUGGGAUGCCUGUGGCAAGUUGAAAUCAGAACGUUUCUUGCCAAAUUUGUCGCGCUUGAGUUUUCCCACUCGUGGUUUAGGAUGGCUUGUUAACCAGCGAAAUCCUUCGGGAUACUGGCAAGUCACGAAAGGUGACCUGAGCCAAAUUAUUUCUUUCCUUCAUGAUUCUUUUUUGUUUAGGUCUAGCUUUUUCAUAAGGUUUUGGUGGCGUCUGGUUGCGGUGUCACAGUGAUAUGUGUAUCCCCGUGAUAUGUGUAUCCCCGUACACAUAUCCCUAGUGAUAUGUGUAUCCCUCCAAUAUGGCUGCCAGUGAAAUGUGUAUCCCCUACCCCCCACCCCUCCAAACAAGUGUCGGUUUUUAUUUCUGUUGUUUUUGUGAAUUCUACGAAUCAUCGUCAAAGGGACUACAAAUGAUUCAACAUUACGAGCAACACAAUCGACAAAAGAGCAACGAUUCGAGACAAAAUAAUCGCAAAGCUGUCUCUGGCGAGUUUACUUCUUCGUGGGCCGCAAUGUUGAUGUAAACAUUCGUUCUCGCUCCUCUCCUUAUCCAACGUGAUUAUAAUUCAUGUGUCACUACUCGCGUUAAAUAAGUAUGACUGACAAAAUUUCAUUCAGCAAGGGAUAACUCGAAAAGUCAAAAAAUACAGAGGGGAUACACAUAUCUCUGCGCCCGGUCAGUGAUAUGUGUAUCCCUUUCUGCGAGCGCCACAAUAUUCCACCUUUGCAUGUUGUUUGAUUCCUGUCUUAACCCUAGUUGUGUCACUAGUUAUGUUAGAUGAUAUCGACGACAUUUCCUUUAGCAAGAGAAGAUAUUUCCUUAUUGUUUCGUGGAUGAGCAUCAGUGUUUAUUGUAUCCCCACCCGGGAUACACAUAUCACUAGGGAUAUGUGUAUGGGGAUACACAUAUCACGGGGAUACACAUAUCACUGUGACAGCGGGCCAUGAUUUUCCAUAGAUUUUUCUAUUCGGAGUUGGCCAGUUUUUGCCGAGCACAACUAGAGUUCAGAUUUUUCCUUUUCUUAUCGAAAACACCUUGACGAUGGGAGGUCAAAUCGCGUAAAUUUCAACUCGUACCCUUGACGAUUGGCGUUGAAAUCGCGAAAAUAUUGUCCUCGUCGAUCGACGACUCGCUUUCGGCAUGGAUUGGACUUCUGGAUGGGACACGGAUCAGGACAUGAGUAAACUUAUUAUACCUUGGAAUCAGGGAUAAUCAUUGGAACUAUGUUAACUCUGAGACCUUGGAAACACAUUGCAAUUAAUUUUUAACCGUAUCAAGAGCAUCUUGGAAUAUUAAACUUUCAUCUUGGAUUAAAACAUUGGAACGUUAUCGCACUUUGUAACCCUGGGUUCGAUCCUGUCGAAUCCUGGAUAAAGCAAGCGGAUGUUUUGUUUUUGUUUUGUUCCAUUUACCUAGAUAGAACGCCAUUAUGCUUCCAUAGACCAACGCAUCCCACGGAAACGACUUUAGGCGUCUUGUUUCUUUGUACUUUGCGACAUGAAAUUUUGAAUUUUGAAUUUCGACGUCAGCCACUACUCGGAGUAACUCCGAAAAGGUGUAUUAUUUCAAAUGCGGGCCGUUUUAACCUGUGCAGGGGUCUGCUAAGUGGUUCCUCUGGUGACCACAGGCAGGGGUACAAAUGCAUAAUCGUCUCUAUCUACUCAGUAUCCUCGUUAUCAGUUUAUUUAGUAACAAUUGUCAAAUAACUUAGUGAUUCCCUACAUACAUCAAAGCGCGCUUGCAAUAUCUCGCGUCCGUAUUGUAACCUUAACCUCGGAAAAAGUGCGAUAUAAAUACAUUCGUUCCGCCCUGUGCGGGAAUGUUGAUGUUUCUAGAGAUAACUGCUAUUUGCUUUUGUUACACUGAAGUGUGUACGAUGUACUUGCAGAAUUGUGAUGUGUAGUUUUCAAUUGUUAUUACUUUUGUUCACUGAUGUACCUCGCAGUAUGUUCACCCUCGUUAAAUUCCCCAGUUCAUUUUAAAACAUAUUUUUAGGCGAACAGUUCCGGAUACUUACAAGUGACCUUGCUCAAGUCCGAAUGAUGUCUGCAACAUAACAAGUUCUCAACUAUACUUAAGUUUUUGUUCUCUGAUUCUUAAAAAGCGAGAUAACCUUCACGUUUCCACCAGUGGCUUACUGCUGUUUGCCAGGAAAUGAGCAAGACGGAUAUGAUGUUCCCCAAUAUCUACGAAACAGACGUGCGCUGUCAUAGAUAAAGUGCGUGACUUGCUGUUUUCGAAAGUCCGUGUACAUACAUUCCUUAUUGUUAUCAAAAAUGUCCUUUGCCGCCAUUUAGAUCGUUUCAAUAAACCUUUCAAAACAAUUAAUGAACUUUGCGUGAUCAUAGGUCAAAAUCUCUCCAGCAAUUGAUAGCAGAUCUUGUGAGCUAGGAAAGUUGCGUGUUUUCAAAACCGUUGUUUAUACACCAGCUGUACUGGGAUAGCACAUCAUGCCUACUAAAAAAAGUAAGUUCUAGAAUGAUAUUUGAGAGUGCUAUUGACGCAAUUUAUCGACAUUACAAAAGGUCGCCUUUUCCUCCUUGAAAAGACCGGCACGCGUAAAACAUCAAAGAUCAACACAUCUGUUCUUGUUCUUCUAUUUCCUAGCAUUUUCAAGCAUUCCAUUUUGCACCUUCAUUCCAGCUGUCUUACAAGCUAGAUUGAAACAAUACUCUAGUUUAAUUCUGUUCAAGUAUGUGAGGUUUUUUGUUGGAUAGAUCCAUUGUCAAGAACGUAGGGUUAAAUGUGUAACUUCGACUUAAAUUACUCACAGAUUGCUCAACGUUUAAAGUGAUUAAGCGGUGGAAAUUUUGAUUUAAAAAUAAUAAAGGGUACUGUCUCGCCAUUUGCCAUUAUUUUCCAACAUAAUUGUUCAUUCAGGUGAACUCGCGUGUACAACUGUCGCUUUCAAUUAGGCCCAAAGUGCUGUAAAGGUCUUCUUCUCACACACGAGAUGGUCUCGCUAAUGUAGUACCUGAUAUAUCAUGUAUAAUGUCCCGGUUUAGUUUUAUCGCGGUUCUUGGGUUUAUAUAUACAAUAACUUAAAAUUAGAUUUUCUCUAAAUUUUCCAUUAAUUUCUUCAGGGGCCUGCCCAAAUUAUAUCAUUUAUUGGUGAUUUCUUUUGCGACACAAUUUAUAGUGCACACUUUACUUUCAAACUAAGAGAUUUCAUUUCCCUAUCUGGCAAACAUUGUUUUGAAAUAUCCAUUCGGGCUAUGUAUUACACUCGAACGUUUUGAGCUCGCUGAAUAAAUACAGCGGUCUUGUGAAGAUGACUGAAACUGUAAUAAUGUAACAAGAGAUGUCAGGGAUUUUCUUUUUACAAUAAGCACGCCGCUACUAGUAGCCACAGUAUUAAUUCCGUGACGGUGGUUUUUUUGAAGGGCUGCACCCGACUGUGAGAUAUGUCAACAAGUACUAUGUUUUGCAUAACCUAGAUAACUUCGUUACUGAGUGAUUCUCUUUCAAAUAUUGUAUCUACUGUAUUUAUAAGGAGACUACACAUACCCUUAACUAGUAAACCAAGGCACGGCUCUAUUGUUCCUUUUGACAUUGGUUAUACAUCAAAAUCGCGCAUAAUCUUAACUUUGCAAAUUAGCAUCUUUUUCUUUCUCUCAGUCACUUGUUUUGUUUUUCAUACCAAACUCAAUCGGUGCUGUGUCACGUUAAAUGGUGAUCAUUACCGUAUUCGUCCUUCACAGAUCGACUAUCUUAGAGAGCACACGUUAAUGAGUUUGCUUUCCUAAUAGCUGUUAUUUGCUUUCGUUAACACAAAAGCCGAACAAUUUUGUAGCGCAAUGGAAAGAUAGCCGGCAAGAGCUCCAUAUGUAUUUCUUCCUUAAAGUGACUGGUAACUGUUUAACGAGUCAAUCAACGAAUGUUGUCUUCAUAGUCGUGAGUAGAGUUGUGAAACGUUAAACCAACAUAACACAACUUUUUUCAAUACUCUGUCCACAAACGCAAAAAUUAAAACUUAGUUAUUCUUGACAAUGAGUAGCUCUGAAAGUGGAAGGGUUCAGGCCUAACAGUUAGGGUCGCUUUCUUUUCUAGCUCCAGGGAAAAUCGACAAAGCACCCAAAUCACAGAAAGCGCGUGUUGGAGACACAGUCGCCUUCAAAUGUGAAAUAUCUGGAAACCCUAUUCCAUCCGGGGCAUGGUAUAAGGGUAAAACAAAAUUGGCAGAUGAGGGACGCUUGCUGAUUGAAACAGCGGAAGAAUUCUCCGAGCUCGAGAUCGAGAAUGUGGAAAAAUCAGACGAAGGGGAUUACACAUGUGUCGUAAAGAACGACUUUGGAGAGGACAAGUGUACAGUGACUCUUACCGUGGAAGGUAAAUAGCGUGACAUGAUAUGUCCUCAUUUUGUUAACCCCUUAAUACGGUGACUUACCUCCUGGAAUGGCGUGAAGAGUUAAGAGUUAAGGAGAUUCUAAGGAGUUAAGGAGAUAAGAGUUAAGGAGAUUCUACCUUCUUAUUUCUUGUCACGCAGACUGUGAUGACAUCAGGCCUUUUGUUAGUUAUGGUUUAUUGUAUAAUGGAAUUCUUUUGUUUUUGAUUAGCUAAGUCGCUAUUGUACACGAGUCGUUAUCGUUUGUCAUAGAAAAAGUUGUGAGAUCGUUGGCAAUCUUGAUAAAUAAAUUAGUAACAUUUAUUAUCAUUUAUUACAUCCAUUAUUAAAUCACUGGUGAUCCCUGCAAUCUAAUAGGCUCUCAGGAGUGUGAUUUAUUUACGAAUCACUCUAUUUUUUGCUUUAAAUCUCUAUUUUUUGCUUUCCUUGCUUGUUGAUAACUCGAUGCGUCUCGUUGGCUAUCUCUCCCAUCUCAAUCAAACGCGCGCUCAUGCCAUAAUUGUUCAAUGUCAUGGAGCUGCGUGAAACAAAGAAAACAAAUUUGUUUUUUUGAUUGUUUCACCAUGUGGUGUCCCACAGGGUCGGCUGUGCCAACGCGAAAAUAAGACAAUAUACAAUCGAUUGUUGUGUCUGUCUGAAUUGUCUUCUUUGUAGUGGGAGAACCCUUCAAUGAAAACGAUGCUAGCGGAGCAGGAGAUGAAGAUAUUGCGAACGGUGAGUUGGCAAGACAGUGACAUGUGAUCGUGAUUAGCCGUAACGGAGCAAAGUAGAGAACAUAUGAGCCUUCAUUUAAAAGAGAUGUGAGCAUUUCAUCUAAAGACUGAAAAGUUAGAGCCACCCACCCUCGUUCCCAGGGUUCUCUGGGGUCGGAGAGAAAACCUGGGGACGAGGUUGAGAGCCACCUUGUGGAGCAUAAUAAACAUUACCACAGGAAAGUACUGCUCAGUAGCUUUUAUUUGAAUGGUCACACCAUAGGAUUUCAUCAAUAGACUCAAAAGUUAGAACCACCUUGUACAGCAUAAUGAACAGUACCACAGGAAAGUAUUGCUCAGUUGCUUUCAUUUGUUCCAGGCGUUCAGACAGUUAAGCGUGGCGCAUGAAAAAAAAAAGAAAUGGACAAGAGGGACGGCGUUUUUUCUGUCCGACUAAUUCAGCCCGGCGUCCCAUAUAUUUUCAGGGGGAAAAGGGUGGGGCUAUGGUAAUGGUAGACAAUUCGAUCACAAUAAACGAAUACAAUUUGAACCUCCAAAAAAGAAUACUUUCACAACCUAUACUUUUGCCUUGUGCCUUCCACGCACGCCCAAUUCUCUUGUUGAAAACUUAAUUACUCUGUCUGUGGGUUAGGUAACUUUGCUAUAGUUACUAUUAACUGAAACGCAAACUUAUUUUUCUCUGUUUUCCUCGUUCUGUAAAGAUGACGUCGAAGAUGGUGAUAGUGAUGUAGACAGUAAAGAUCUUGACCUUCCAUUGAGGGAUCCAGUCCACUUGGCAACCGACAAAAAAUUUGAGGACACCUAUACCUCGCUAAAGGAGCUCGGAAAGUAUGUUGAUUUAGUUGAAAUUAUUUAGUUCUAAGGCCAUUUAAUUCCCGCGACAGGGACGGGAGUAUUUAAUUGUUAUCAGUGUAAGAAGUUAAUAUCGAAAUACGUUAAACAAACGUUGUUUCAACUCCCCGUCCAGUGUAUAUUCAAAUGCUUAUGUUGAACUGAUCACGUCUGUAUACUGUACACAGCGGGUCUCAGCAAAUUAGCAUAAUAAAGAUAGUAUUCAGUAAAGACUAUAUAAUAGUGAGAAUAUUUUACUAUCAGACUGCGAUGGGAAACUAAUAAGGAGCAGUGCUUUACAGACAGUUUGCAAACACUCGGUCCAUGUCAUACAUCCCUUUUCAGUGGUUGUUACGUAGACGGCGACUGUAGCGGGAAACCUUACUCGGGGUUCGCAUUCUUUUAAACCUCAUCACGAUUAUUCCAACUUGUUCAAUUUUUCAACUUUAGGUCUGUGAAGACUCCUGGAGUUUGAUUCUUUGGGACCGUAACCAAGUCAAAAACGAAAAAGAAUAAUUCGUCAUCUUGUCAGUUGUGUAUACAUUCUUCCAAGAAACGUGAAAUUAGAACGUUUCACGUUACAGUCGUGCAGAGACGGUAGAGAAAUGUGCGAAAAGCGUGGAGCGCAUGCAAAGUAGUUUAGCUUUUUAAAAUAGUUCAAUUUUAGCGUUCUCGUUGCCGUCGAUGAUAUCUUAAACUUCCCAAUAAUUUUGAAAUUACGACUCAAUAUACUUGUUUCCUGAUUACAGGGGAAAAUUUGGCGUUGUGAAAAAGGUUAAAGAAAAGAGCACUGGAAACGAAUAUGCUGCCAAGUUUCUGAAGAUCACUAAAGAGUCCCGAGAAGAAGUUGUGGCGGAGAUGUUGAUCAUGAACAAACUGCACAGUAAACGGCUCAUCUAUCUUCAUGACGCCUACGAAAGACCCAAAGAGAUGAUAAUUGUGUUGGAAUUGUAAGUAAUGUUACUCUUCUGUUUCAGUACUUGCUCUGUUCACUACAUGCACGUCUGUCUUAAUUUGUAAUUUAGAGUUUUUUUUCCUGUCUUUCUUUUUAACCUCGGAGCUAAGUACCAGGUUUAGAAGAAUGAGUGAAAUGACUAGUCAGAACUUAAAGCCAUGACAUCAUAAAGGUGCCAAACAGUACCACAGGAAAGUAUUCUCAGAAACUUUUAUCUGAGCAAUCACGCUUUAGGAUUUCAUCCACAGAUUCCGUGUUUAUUCCGUGUUUUAGGAUUUCAUCCACAGAUUCCGUGUUUAGAACACCCUGUGCAGCAUAUUUGAGGGUCUGAAAGGGGUGGUAGCUUUGACGUUUUAUGGUCAUUUUUUUCCAAUUUUGACGGUUGACGGUUUUUCAGUAAAACUUUAGUCCAAGAUUUAAAGUUAAAGUAAAUAUCAACUGUUGUGUUUAGUUUGGAGGUUGUCUUGACCUUUCACCUAUGAAAUUUAAGCAAGUUGUAAGGUCUUACAAUUUCUAGAGAUUGUUUUUGAGAACAUGGGAACAGGUUUUUCUUGUUUAGAGAUUCUUCAGGAGCCAGCAGUCCGGGAAGACCAGCUAAAAUAGUGAGAUUUGAAAUACCUUGAAACCGGCUUUUUGUCGGUUAAUAUUAAUCUACUUAAUCUACGGUUGGCGGGAAAAAAUGAUCGUUUCGACUGCUGACGGUUAAAUUUUAGGCCUUUUGACGGCUGACGAUUAACCCCAUUGAGACCCUCAUAUUUGACAGUACCAAUAAAUAUACUGGCCAUCAGCUUUUAUUUGGAUGGUCGUUUUUUGUUUUGGGAUUUUAUGCAAAGACUAAAAGUUUGAGUUUGAGCGUAGCAGUAUGUAAGGUCAAAUUCUGAAACAAGCAUAUAUGUCCAGUAAGUAACCGCUUAGUUGCAUGUUCUCUAGACUUGAAAGCCUAAAUCCCUCUUAGGGAACGAUGUUGUUUCGUAUAACAAAUUAAUUGGACAGUUUUUCUGUUUUACAAGUGUGCUACAGUUUUCAAUUACUGGUGUAUUAAAACAUUGUAAUAUUGCAGAAUAUCUGGAGGUGAGCUGUUUGAGAAAGUUUGCAACGACGACAACCUAACAGAAAAAGAAGUUGUUCGGUACAUGAAGCAAAUUCUUCAGGGCGUUGAGCACAUGCACAAGAAGAGAAUUGUUCAUUUAGAUCUUAAGGUGGGUGAUUCAUCUUGGCUUUUACGGUCACUAAGCUAUGAGCAGGGCAAGGUCAAGGUCAAUAAAAAGCAAAAAAGAACAAGACCAGUAUAUCCAUAAUAUUAUGGCAAAGAGAACUUAUCCUUGCGGGACUAACGCGAGAAAUCCCGAGCAGCAAUAUGGGCCCUACUUAACCCCCUCGGGUAGCCAAUUAGAACACCGAAUUUGCUUCACUUUGCCCCCUCGCGGGUUCAGCCCUAUAAUACAGUAUCACCAUUAGAAACUCCUUCUGUGACGUUUUCUUAAAACCUAUAACCAAAAAAAAUUAUAUUAGUGCAGCAAAAUAAAGAAACCUUCCAAAACUUAUUGGUCUUUUCAAAAAAGGAAUUGUCAAAGAUCGAACAAUCUUGUACAGCCACGCGAUUUUAGGGAGCUAAAGCAAUCACGACAGCGACCGGACGAAAAUGUCACUUCAAUAGUGAAUUCGGGCCGUUUCAAACUUGUUCGCUUUUAUUAUAUUCCAUCUCAUUAAAUCAAUUUGUCAAAUGUUUGCAAUUUUCUUGGAGUUAAAUUCUAAAGGACUGUAUCUAAGUUCAGAAAAGAAAAGGAAAAUCGAUCUUGUGUUCACGUCAGAACGAGCGUAGGGAACGGGAAAAUGAAAAAUGGGACCAAAACAAAGAAUUAAAAAUGAAAUUACUGAUAGGGCUAAGAUUCAUGUUUGGUUUUGUUCCCAUUUUUCAUUUACCCGUUAAUCGUGCUCGUUUGGACGGGCAUGGUUGUUGUUUUGUCUUCUCAGUUAAUCUAUUGCUUUUUUUGCCGUUCUCGUCGCCUUGCGUCUUGGCCUUCGUCUUCGCCUUUGCUUAAGCUCUCUUUUUCUUUGUUAUUUACAAUUUCUGCUCCUUUUCCUCCUAAUAGCCUGAAAAUGUUCUCUGUGUAAUCCGCCCUGACGGAAAAGAAGACCUCAAGUUGAUUGACUUUGGAAUGGCGCGUGCGUUAGAGAAAGGAAAAUCAGUUAAAGUGGCUUGCGGCACACCGGAAUUUGUAGGUUAGUUAGCAAACGGUAAGACUGUGCACAGACUUUUUUUUCCUUAAAAUUAAUACCACAGCGCGAAACUAGAUUUAAAGUUUGUAUGUGGAAAAAGUGAAAAGCGUUUCUUUUAUUGGUAAAGAACGUUAAAACAAGAAGACAGUCGACAAAAAAUUUCAGUCUCAUCCACCAACUUGAAAGAUAGAGACAUCUCGCUUGUAAAGGGAAUGGGUAUAAGCUUUCGGCGUAACGGUGGACAAGCGUUUCUUAUGUUAAUGGUUGCCUUAGAUGCUUUCUUAUUGACCAAUCAUACCUAACGCUUGUCCACCGAAACGACUCUUAGAAAUCUCUGCAACCAGUCAGAGCUUGUUCCCUUUCUCCCCAAAGUUUUUGAAGGAGAUGAAAGUGGUCGUUUUCGGUUAUAUCCGAUUUUCUUUGAUACAAGCUGAAGGUUUCACAUCAAAUCCACCUUUACAUCGGACCCUAAGGCCCUUGUCUUUGUAAUUACCAUGCUUUGUUUAUCGUUUUUUUAGCGCCUGAAGUCAUCAGCUAUGAGCCCAUCAGCCUAGCCAGCGACAUGUGGUGAGUGGAACUGGAACCAACAGAAACUUAGCCUGCGUAAACAGCCAUCGCUCCUCGGCGCUAGGAACGUUUUGCCAGGAGGGCCGUCUCUUUACGAAACGUCCCUAGCGAGGGGAGACGGCUCUUUCCCCAGGUUGACAAAAAGUGAAUGACUAUAUUGCGUAGUGAAAAACUAACUCAAACAGCAAUCGACAGUUCGCUCAAUCGCGUGUGAAGAUAAUAGUUACAGCUUAUGGUUUGCCUUGUCAUGUCUCAUUUCCUUACCACUUUCUUUUUAUCGUGUUUCUUUUUAUCCGCGUGCAGAAUAAACGCACACAAAAAAAAAAAACCGGAAAAAAAUUAAGGGCGUGUUUGAGAGCGUUGUGUCCUUAACUUGACUUUGUUAGUCUCGCUAAAAUAGCCUUCAAUGUUUUCUUUCAUAGGAGUGUUGGAGUCAUAGCAUAUGUCCUGUGAGUAUUAAUUUUUUACUUACGUUACUUAGUUCACUGUGUUAUGAAACUAAAUGGAUGAAAUGUUACAUAGAUUAUUCACAAUUCGGGAUUUAGAUUUAACAUGUGAAAGAUCACGGCAGUUAUGUUUGCAACUUAAGCAGUUGCGAAAAGAAAUCCUGAAAAAAAAAUAGGUCUCGUUGAACAGAAUUUGAAUCCAUUGCAAAAGCGGUGCAGUGCUCUUACCACUAACCUUCAAGACAAAUGGGAGCUGGUCAUUUGAUUAGUGAGCUCGUAAUAUACCCGUAGAAGAUGAAGUUAUUGAAGAGAGCAAUUUAUAUUUCAUAUACUUGAAAUGCGGGAGAACGCCGAGAGAGGGAGCACUGCACCGCGCGGAUUCGAAUCCCGUUCAAACCUGAUAUUUUUUUCCAGGCUAUCUUUUCACAACUUUCGCGCACAACUGUGAUGUUACUCAGAUAUCUUUCGUGGUAAGGACAGUGGCAAAAAAACUCACCAGCCUUUUUCAUAUGAAACUUGUUUUAACGGGGACCACUACUUUGUAAUUGUAGCCUGUGAACAGUCGGGUUGCUCAAUUCGCUUGCCGAUAUGAGUUUUUAUUCUCACCAAGGAACCUCGUCCCAGGCUAUGCAAUCCAUUUCCUGAUUAUGUUUCUGCUCUGUAGGCUCAGUGGUUUAUCGCCCUUCAUGGGAGACGAUGACAACGAAACGAUACAAAACGUAUCCACCGCUGAAUGGGAUUUUGAAGAUGAGGCUUUUGACGUCAUCUCUGAGCUGUCUAAGCAAUUUAUCGAGGAACUGCUUAUAAAGGAUCCUGAGUAAGCCAAUUUGGUCUAUGAAUGCAGUAGUUAAUUAACCUUUUACUCCCAGAAGAGCUGUCAAGUUGCAUUGAGAAAAUUCACGAAUUUUUGGGCUCAAAUUUAAGUACCAUUAGGCACUUAAGAAACGAGAGGGAACUGGACCGAGUUCGUAAAGGCUUCUGGUAUUGGUGCGAGGGAGUGAACUUACGCAACAGGACAGGAAAGGAACGAAGACUGCAAGCCUUGUGUGUCAAGCGUGACAAUAAUUUUGAAAGAAAUAACUUUUCGGCAGACUUCACUUUCCUUUAAGAUAACAUCACGACAAAACUCGCAAGUAGUAGCAAUGUCACGUUUGUCGCACAAAAGGCCAGUAGUUGACCGCCCGUCCCCAGACACGAUUCCAGAAACAAUUGUGGGACACAUUUCGGCUCCAGUUCCCUUUUCAUUUCUAAAGUGGCGAAUACUAAAUUUCUGGCGCAGAGAUUUCAUUUAGAAGGUGACAACCUAGGACUUCUGUCACUGAUUCACUGUAGGCAUGAUUUACUUCACAGAAUCGAAAGGUAGAACCUUCUUGUGUAGCCUAGCUUUCAUUGGACUGGUCACACUUGAGGAUUUCAUGCACACAAUAUUGUUUUUAAAGUAUGAGACUUCAAAAAUUAAAUGAAUUGGUUUUAGACAUAAGGUCGCCUUUAAUCCAGUCUAAAAGACUCCAUAGUAUAGCAAAGGCACCCAUCCCUUUACUUAAAAGGAAAGGAUGGGUGGGGUUCAAUAGGAAAGUGUCGUCCAACUUGAAACAUUCAAAUGAUCGCAGUGAUUGAUCCUUCUAGUUGUCAAAGUAAUCCUCAAGUUUCUUCGUUUUGUCUAACAUGGUUAAAAUUGAUAUUUAUUGCCUUCCUUGCAGGAAACGAAAUGACGUUUUCCAGUGUUUGAACCACGACUGGCUAAAGGUAUCAAAUUUACACGUAACAAACCAUCCCCCCUCCCCCACAAAAAAUCUCAGUUGUUAGCUAGGUGUAUUCCGUUAUUUCCCUCGGAGAUAGAAUACUAUUUUCAUACUUACCCUCGUUUUAAAAAAUAGGCUCAGGUAGACUCGAAAUGUCCCGUUAGUGGAUUUUAAAGCUGUAGGUCUUGCGCAAGCCUUUAAACAAAAUGAAAUUUAGAAUGGUUAAUUAAACAAUUGUUUAAUUGCUUUUGUUUUUGCACGCGACAGAAAAUGAAAAAACGUUUGCAAGAAGGAAGUAGGAAAACAACUUGACAACCUCGUUUCCUAGUUAUCAUCUCGCACAUCAAACUCAGGGUCCUGUUAGUAUCGCCUGUUUUUUUUUCUGAAGAAGCAAUCAGUCACUUUGUUUGUUUGUUGUAACAGAAAAUAAAGACCAUCAAGACGCAAAAGCUCAGCACGGAGAACUUGAAAAAAUUCAUCGCUCGUCGCCGUUGGGCGGUAAGUUUUUGAGGUUGUUGUUGUAUUUAAAAUCAAGUAUCUGUUGUAGAUCAAAUUGUGUUGUACAAGGCUGCACCUUUCCCAGAUGAAUUAAGAAAGAGGAUUGGUGACACAAUGCUGCAAGUAGCCCCGCAGCAGUAUACAGCCUUCAUCCACUUCAGACUCAGGAGGGAGAACGACAACUUCGAAAAAGCAAUAGGUUAAGAUAAGCAAAACAACAAUUCUGCACGUGCAUCACCCUUUUUUCUACAUUUCUUUGCCGUCACUGCACGACUACGACGUGCAAAUACCUAAUUUCACUCUUUAAGGGGGACGUAAACAAGCGCCGACGAAUUUUUCUUUCUCUAUUUAAACUUGAGUUCGGUCCCCAAGAAGUCAACUCCAGGGAAAUACGCCUAUAUUUGACAUUUUCGGCGAAUGUGAAUAAACGCGACGAAGUUUGAAAAAACGCAAAUUCAUUUUAGCAGUGACGUUUUCGCUGCCGUCGCCGUCGUCGGUGCUAAGGCUCCCUAGAAAGGGAGGGAGGGAGAGAGAAGGAGCAAAUUUCGCAGGUACAGCCUUUUUAUACCUUUUUAUGUUGACCUUUCAGAGAACAGCAAACGCUCUUCGUGCUCUGAGCAGGAUGGGAUCCUUAGGUGGGCUGAUGGCCGGUGGAGGCAAGGGUGGAGCUGCGGCAGGUUCUGCUGCUGCUCCUAAACCCGGUGGCUUCCUUAAGAAGGUGAAGGAGGAGAAAGCUAAGGAAGAGGCUCAGGAGACAGCAACCAAACCUGAACCGAGGAAGGAGCCAGUAAGGAUUUUCAAGGAGGACCCAAGGAAAACUACAGGUGAUAGCCUCACACCAGCCGGACCGCUUGGCCCGAGUCUUUCGGGUCGCAGAAGUCCCGCCCUGAGCGGCAGGAGAAGCCCGGUGUCUCGGGCAGAAGCGCGUAAGUAUAGCACUCCUGAAUCGACCACGCCUUCAACACAUGCUUCCACGUGCCUCAACGUGCUCGUGCAUCUUUCUAACCAAUUAUCACACUAACCAAGUGGAAAUGUUUUCGUUUCGGUUUCAUGUCGGGAGUUCCAGUGGGUUUUUAAUUCCAUUUUCUCAAUACCGGCGGUAUUAAUCACUGAUCUGUGUAUCAGUAGUGUUUAGGGCGCCUUUCAUCGUAUUUUCCUUUCUGCUGGGCUUGUGCCUUUGUGUUUCUUCGACCUCUUCUUUCAAUUGACAGCUGUUGCAGUAAUCUUUCUCUUCUGUCAGCCAAACCCGGUUUUACACAAGCGGUAUGCAUCAUCCCUGAUGUUAGAAAAGUCAUUGAAGUGCUCGUAAGUGAUAGGGAGUACCUAUAUGCAACGGCUGGUCUGUACAUUUACAGUUCCUCAUUAUUCCAUUUCCCGCUAUGAAUUGUCUCCAACGAUUUUCUAACUCGUUCUCCCCAUACAAUUUGUACCGCAUGCUAUAGAUAAACAGAUAAUGAUUGCUUCUGUUAUCUUAUAAUGAGAUUAUUCUAAUUAUUUCCUGGCAUGCCUUUGUUUAUUUAUCUUCGCGUACUAGCAAUAACCCUUUGUUCCUUUCCUUUUUUUUCUAUAAUGGAAACAUUCUGGAUCGUUUCCUAUCCAUCUCCCUCGUUCAUUUAGCUUCAGUUCUUUUUCGGUUAAAGUUACUCACUACGGUAACAAUUUAUGAAAGGCUCAAUGAUGAGAGCGCCUUGUCCCUCUAAUGUAGACUUGCUACAAAUUGACCACAUGAGUUUCUGAGCGAGCGGAGCGAGCUUUUUAUGGGUCGCGGAGUGGCCGGGCGAGCGACGAAGUCGCGAGAGGUUCCGCGCUAUAUUAAAUCGGACGAGCGACCUUUUUUAAAGGAUACCUCUAAUGAUGCAAGGGUUCGUUUCCCCGGGUUUUCGCCAUGCCUAUUGAGUGUGUUUUCAGUUCUCCAAUCUUCUCUUCGCUGCUCUAGAUGUUUUUCUUCGAAUACUGCGGUCGUCCCCUGUCUACAAAAACCACUACACAAAUUCUCAAAUUCUUUUUCCAUCUGGAACCCACAAACUCGUGUUAAACGAGUUUUUAAGUACUCUUUGGUGUUUUCUAGGUAAACAAAUUGUAUAUCCGUUUUGUUUUGUUGCUCGUUGAUUGGGCACUGACCUUUUUUCUUCCCUCAGGGGAAUUUGUGUUGUUUCCCAUCUCCUGAUAAUUAUAUCAAAAGUCCUAUUUCUCGAACUGACAGACAAUGCAACGUGCAACUCGUUGCGGUCACCGGAUUUCUGUUAUUAAGCUUGGUUUAUAAAGUUUCCUACUGGCAGUUGUCUUGAAAGAUUACGAUAAUCCUUUGAAAAAGCUUAACUAGUUAACAAGAAGGCCAAAGAAUUUUUGUCCUUUGUACAAAAUUAAACGUUUAAUAGGGUUAUUCUUGAUUGCUUAAGGUUUUUCGCCUGUGGACUUUACUGUUUCACUUAUCAUAUUCAUUAGCUUGUUACUGAGAUCCGAUGCAGAUCUAGCAGACGCAUUUGUCGGCAGUGUUUUAGCUUAUUUUUUGUACCUUUUGUACCUUUUUUUCCCGUCUUCUUGAGACUAAAUUUCCCGUGCUUGUUGCUGGUUGUUCCAAAAUGAGAUCUUCCACUUGUUUAUCUCUUGUUCCAUAUUUAGCAUCAAUGGAUAUUUUUGUCUAUCUUUUUUUGGCAGACUCGCAUUGUCUGUGAUGUCAUUAAUGAUGUUCAUCGACCUAUUCUAUGUACAACUGUAGAAGUUGUACGUAGAAAAUUAUGUAGGCGUUAAGGAUUGAUUUAGUUGUGCAAACAGUGAAAUGUUAGGGCAAAUUAGUGUUUUUCACUCAUGCUUUUCUCCUUUUCUUUUUUGUCGUUCAGUUUAAAAAUGUGUCAUACGCGCCUACCCAACAUAAAUGUAAAACUUUGCCAAAAGUUGACUGCCAAAAGUUAGUAAAUUAGACCUAAUCAAACAGGAUGAAUGAAUGAAAACUGAGGCCGGGAUGCCUGAUGACAUAAGCUUAAAAGAUCAAGACGGCGUGACUAAAGGAAUUCACUGCAUGCUUAUUUGUUUUUAUUUGAAUGUUCAGCACUUAGGGCUGUGUACUUUGUGCGCGGGAGUAAAAUAUUUCGAGGUUUCCCUGCAAAAGUUGCGUGGUAAAAAUUGCUUGUUAUUUUUUUCUUUUCCUUUCAAAAAUAUUUGAAAUUUAAUCUCUCUCCGUGCCCUCUUGCCAUAAGCUUAUGUCUGUUCCUCUCGCAUUUUCUACACUUGAGUUUAUUUGGAUUUCUCUCUUUCCCAUAGGCAUUCUUUAAAUAACUGCUUUGAGCCAAAAUGUUUUCUUUUCAAUUGCGUUUUGACUAGAAAGAAAGAAACAUUUAUAAUGGCUUCUUGUUGUUUUUUGAAGCUUUCGUGUAGUAUCAAAUAACAUUCUUGAUUGAAUUGUUCGCAGUGUUCCGACCCGAGAACAUAAUACAUGUUUUAAAUCGAUUAGACGUCUGGCAGUGGGUUGAGAACAUUGCAGCGGUUUUUUUCGCCCACAAGUCACAGGGAUGUAAAAUACUCGCUUCAUGCAAAGAAUAGCGGUAUUUUGUCUCAUUUAAGCGAACAUAACGUGUCGCACACAAAUUUCACCUCACUUUGAGCCUGGAGCCAGUUGUUACAUCACUCCUGCAUCGCUUCAGUAAAAGUUCCUUCAGUUAUGAUGAGGUGAUUAUUGUAAGUCCGCAAUGGAUUUUACACGACUUAUUACCAGGAGGCUUUCUUCGACGCGAAGAGAUAUCAAAAGCAAGAUCACAGGUUUGUGUUCAGAAAUUUUGAAACAGUAGUUAUUAUUUACAUAUGAUGUGAAUUACCGUGUUCAAAUACCGUAUGGUAACACGCCGGGCCAAGGUUGCCUUGCUGUCGAAUGGAACAAGUUUACAAAAUAACAAGUGUUACAAUUCCUCAAUACCGUUAUGUAUCGCGUUUGUUGCAUUUUGGAGUCGUGUUUUUCUAAUUGAAUUGGAUUGAAUUGAAUGUCGAGCUGUAGUUAUCACUUAAAUAUCCGUUCGCGUUUGAAGCUUAUCAGAAAAUCCAUAAGAACGUUUCCAAUUCAUUGACCUUAAAUCUGGUGUCGCGUUAUACUUCAUAAUUCUAAGACUCUUAAAGUACAGUUUGUUCAAGUUUUGAUUGUUCAAAAGGUAUGUGCUACUGACAUGAUCAGCAGCGUUUGACUCCAGACAAAGCUUGUAUAGCUUUUUUCAUCGGCCUUGUGUCGAUGAUUAUUAUGUCUAUCAAAAUGUCCGGGAAAUGUCAGAAACACUCCUUGGGAUGUAUGUGUUUGAAAUGAUUUUUUUCGUUCUCAGCUCAAGUUACAAUUUGAAGCUGUUUUACAUUCCUCCGGGUUUAUACCUUUCUUGAGCGGCACCAAUUCUUUUUGUCUUCAAAGUGUUGGGUACACAGAAACAGGAAAUAAAUUAAAACAACAAAGGUCAAAUUUUAAGAAUUCAUUUACAGUCCUAUUGUUUCUCCGAGGCUAGAAUAUUUUAUAUCACAGUGAAUAUUUCUCAAUCACCCGGAGUAAGAUACGUGACUCCAACGAAAGCGGGUUAAAAAUGACCGGCAAACCUUUUCCGGGUGUUGCUUUUUCCCUUUGUUUUCUUCUUUGGCGCUUUUGUUUGAAAAUUGUUCUCACUUUCAAGGUUAUCACACAUCUCUUCCAUUUAUAUAUGCUAUCUGCGCGAAGAAAGAGAUCUGUAUCUUAACUUUCUUGAAACUUGUCGUUGUGUGUGUGUGUUUUUUUUUCUGACCCCCUGGCCUUUUCAUCCAUAUACACCUUUUUCAGCUUUGACGAAGAAACUGUGGAAUCUGCCAGAAAAGGAAUGGUUUUACGCCCUACAGAGCAGCUUCUUUACAAUAUUUACUUUUCGUACAUGUUUGUUUGCUUGUAUUUAUCCGUUUUCCUAUUCGUGCUUUAAGCGCACACAUUGUUUCUUAAAAGGCCUCAAAGUUAUGAAUUAUUUUUUUUUAGCUUUUUGUAACACCUGUAAAAGUCCACCCAUCUGUGAAAAUCGUGUUCACUCCAACGCGUAAAAUCAGAAAAUGCUUUCAAGAGCAAGAGUCUGCCCCUCUUAACUUACCAAUACACAGAGAGUGGACCCUCUAGCAGUUAAAAAAACUCUCAAGUUACUUCCCAGGUUGUCGGUAAUGAUUGUCUUCCACAUCGCAAGGGACAAGAAACAUCAGUCGCUACCUUUAAGUUUGGACCGAAAGCUUUUUGUCUAGCACUAUUGAAAAUGUCCUGCGGUUUUGUUGACUAUGGCCUAAGUGGUGUGUCUAAUAUUAAAAACAGCGUGAAGAAGCAGAAAAUGUCACCGCUAUAGCGAAGCUAUUGUCAAGCAGCCUUUCCUGUUGUUUUGUCCAUUAGGGCAUAAUACGUGCUUUUAACAUUUCUUUAAACAUUUGCGUCUCUCAGUAUGGGUGAAAAAUGAACGAUAUUGUUCAGUGUUGCUCCCCUGUGGUGACGUCUGUUUUGGUUUCAGAAUAGCCUGAGUAUCUGCAGGGUAUCUUAGAGUGUGAAUAUUGAGAGCUGCACUAGUUUCUUAAUACGAUCAGUGUAUUUUAGUGUCUUAACAGUUUUCCUGAACCUUUGACUUUAGACUAGAAAUACCCCUUUGGUCUUCAUCCGACUUAAAACGGUGUGAUCUACUGCUUCAUUUGCUUCUACUUCAUUAUCUCAGUUUCGUUUGUUGAAUUUGCUAUCUUCAGAGAACUACAUCUCUCCUAUCCGGUUUUAUGUGAGACAAUUUGCGUGCCUCUCGCGCAUAGGCAUUUUUUAACCCAUGUGGAACUUCCCGCCAUACGUACGCUUGUGUGUGUUAUUGUUAAUCACUGAUCUUAUUUCCUAUAGAUGGCUUGCCACUAGGCCCCCCUGUCUUCAUACAACACUUGACGAAUUGCGAGAUCAUUGAAAACAGCGCCGCCAGAUUCGAGUGCAAGGUCAGCGGUAACCCGGAACCGGAAGUUGAAUGGUACAAGGAUGGCCGUCUACUGAAGGAAAGUAAACAACUUACGUUCCUUUACGAUGACCACGACAACUGCAAGCUUAUUAUCACCAAAGGUACUGCAGCCGACGCUGGUGAGUACACCGUGGUUGCCGAAAACCCACACGGAAAAGUAUCGAGCACCGCACAACUGGUUGUCGACACAGGCUCAACUGACGACGAAACUGCGAGCGAGUCCGAGCUCUCCGAGCUGUCAGGUUCAGAAACCGAAGAAAGAACGACGAAGGCAAAAGAGGAGAAGAUAACCAAAUACUACACCAUCCAGGAAGAACUUGGAAAAGGAAGGUUCGGUGUCGUUUGCAAGUGUAUAGACAAUAAAACAGGUCGAGCCUAUGCAGCUAAGUUUAUAAAGUGCACGUCAGCCAAGGAUAGACAAGAUGUUAUACAUGAGGCAGACAUCAUGAAUUCUGUCCGGCACAAGAGAUUACUGAGGUUACAAGACUUCUUUCAGACCCCGACGGAGAUGAUACUCGUCAUGGAGCUCGUUACUGGAGGAGAACUCUUCGAGAAGGUUGUUGAAGACGAGUUCAUCUCGGAGAUUGAAGUGUCGUAUUACAUGAAGCAGAUUUUGGAAGGGAUACAACACCUUCAUCAACGAGAAGUCCUUCAUCUGGAUUUAAAGCCUGAAAACAUCAUGUUAAUUCGGCCUGACAGCAAGCAAGUCAAGCUCAUCGAUUUUGGUCUCGCUAGAAAAUACAACCCGAAGGAAAACCUUAAGGUUAUGUUUGGAACACCAGAAUUUGUUGCCCCGGAGGUCAUCAAAUACGAGCGUAUAACCCCUGCCACGGACCUGUGGUCUAUCGGUGUUAUUGCAUAUAUCUUAUUAAGUGGUUUAUCGCCAUUUAUGGGGGAUACAGACGCAGAGACAUUGACGAAUGUCCAACUAGCUGAGUGGGAUUUUGAUGAUCCGGUAUUUGAUGAAAUCUCGGAAGAAGCUAAGGACUUCAUUAGCAACCUUCUUGUGCUAGCCGCGAGAAAACGACACAGUGUCGAUCAGUGUUUAAGCCAUCGCUGGUUUUCAAUCAAAAAAGGCAAGAAACUCAAGACAGAUCGCCUCAAGGCGUUCACCGCGCGAAGAAAGUGGAAAAGAGCUAUCACUGCAAUUCGAAGCACGAACUUUCUUAGCCGGAUUCUCGGGAGCCGCGGGGCCGAUUCUGAUAAGAAGAGUAGUGGAGGUGGAGGGUCCGGCUUACUUGCCAGGGUUAAAGCCAUGCACGCGGCCGGUGUACAAAGCUCCGAGGGAGGAUCCCCGCCGACAUCAUCACCCUUUCUUUCGCCCGCUUCAGCCGCCCUCAGUACCAGCAAUAGUUUUACUAAAGUGAUUGUUUCCGAAACGAAACGAGCUCAAGGACAAGAAGAAACGAUUGUUACGACAAAGGAGACUGUGUCAGAGACGAAAGGUGGAUUACAAACCGUGGAAACGCGAAGAUCAUCAAAAACAACUAGAAGAAACGACGAAAACACAGAGGAAGAAACUAGCUUUAAUACCGAAGUCGAAAAUGGUUAGCCUCAAUUUAUGUUAACUUUAUCGGCACUUGUCGGAAUUUGAAAAAGUGAAAAUGAGAAAGGCAAGAUGGCCUUGAAAAAGGAUGGAAAAAAAACCGAUUUAAAAAAAAGUCUUGAUAUACGUCUUAUUUUUGUUCUAACAUCAUUUUUGCGUUUCAGGUUUCACGUAAGUAACGUACAUUUUUAGCAGGAGUGCUAUACUUUUGUUUCUUUUAAUUUAUUAACAUUGGCGUUCUUAGAUGUUUAAAUCAGAAACUGUGUAUUUUGAACUAACUGGAAUGUGGCAGAGACAAGAGUGAUCGCGUGACUCGCGUUCCAUUGAUGUUUUUUUGGUAAUACAAAGGCGACCAGUAAUAAAAGUAGCGGAUUUGUCGGGAAGGAAGGCAAAAGCCCAUUUUUUCAAAGGUUUUUCAGUUCUGAAAAACACAGCAGGCAUUUUGAAUUCUGUGGUGAGAGUUUUCUGACAAUGAAUCGUGGGUCUUUUCCAAUUUGCAUGGCCCUUUAGAAUCUAUGUAACGUUUUCUGUCACCUAAUGUUACCAGGCCGGCGUUUUUAAGCUUGAAUAAUAUAUGAAUAUUUUCUUUUUUGGGACUACCGACUGUGUCUUACUCAAAACAUACUGUGUGUCACCGCUUGAAAGAAAAUUCAUUUAUUGAAAUCUGUCUUUUGUGCCUGUUUUGAAGUAGGAAAUUUUUUUGUAGAUUUAAAUCUCAAUCAAUUACCAAGCUGUUAAAAGUGAAUGGAAAAUGGCGUUUACCUUUUUCCGCAUUUCAUUUCCAGUUGGAAAGCAGGUUAUCACAGACGCUAUACGGAAUAAGUAUUUUACCAAAGGUUGCAUUUAAUAGCACGCUAGAUGAUCGAACAUCUUUCUUGAGAGGCGUAUUUGAAGUUAUUUUAGGUGAAUUGACUAGAAGGUCAUUUGUUGUUAGAUUUGUAGAAAUGUGGUCUUGUAUCAUACUGUGAUAUCAGAAUUUUUUUUUAGAAGGGAUUCUUUCCAUUCUUAUAUUUCGUCCGUCGUAAAUGAAGCAAAGAUAAGAAACAAAGAAACCUUGCGGCUAAAUUCCAAAAAAGGAAAACUUUUCUGUUUCCUCUAAAAUGCCUCAGAGUUACCAGGAUCGUCAUUUAGACCAUUUAAAAUGAACAGGGCACAUUUUUAAACUGUUAAAAGUUCUAUUUUGCUGAUGUAAGAGUUUUCUAAACUCCUGUAUUAGAGACCAUAAAAGACCAACAGUUUGUCGUCUUCAUUUUGUGGGGGACCAUACUGUUUAUAGUAACAGCGGACCCGAACAGGCCAUGGUCAUUCCUGUUUUGUUUUUGGCGUUUUUAGAACUAGAAAGCAGAUACAUCUAGACAAAAUUGUAACGGUGAAGUUCCUAUAGAAUUGUUUUUAUCAGCUAGUACGUAGAAAAGCAAGUUUUUAUGGACAGACAAAGUUUACGGCGGAGCAAAGAAUUGCGUGACAGGUUAAUUAAUCCGAACUCUUGCUGUUAACUUGACAGGAAUUAUUAUAGCACAUCAUAGAGCUUUUCAUUCUUGGGUUUUUAACUCUGAGGUUCAUCUAGUGUAUUUGUAUUUGUAUCCCUGAAACUUUGAGCAGUUUUCAACUUGGAUUACGUACACUAUGUCGAGUAAGUGGGAAACUUUUUACAUGUAGAAGUUGUUUUUACCGUAGACUGAACAGUUUCUUGUUGCGACUAAUGUUUUCAUCCAUGCUCCUUUCGCGCUACUUCAGUGGAAUUCUGUUAUAGUGGUCUUGGCAAAGAAAAUCUGCCCUGUUAAUUCUUUUGCGUUGGUUAAACUCGAUUUUCUUAAAGUCGGCCAACAGUUCUUAGUUAAACAAAAUUGGAGUUAAUUUUCUCUAGUUCCAUGGCAUUGCUUAAGUUUCCCCGCCCUCGACGAACGGUGAGUGUAUAUAUUUGGUACCAUACGUGGCUAAUACUUUAUUUCCUUAUUUUUGCAAAGAUUUAACUCGCUCUUAUGAAAUUUCUUAUAAUUAAUUUCAUUUUUUUCAACUGCAUUGUGCAUUUUCAGUUCACUUUUUCAUGUCGAAUACUAACCAAGCUAUUCAUGCAGCAACUUAACCCGUAAAUGUGUGUAAAUUCUACAUACAAUUCUGUGUUUACUGUAUAUGGGUUAAGAGCAAUAAUAGAGUCAAAUUGAUGUCUUUUCUCUACCAACUCACUAAAAUUAUCGGACCAAGAACUCCUAUUAUCUUCUGAUCAAAUUAUAAGUUUCUUCAAAGUGCCUUGUCUGUUAGAUACGCAGAGUAUUUCUCAGCUAAACUGUGUAUUCAUGUCAUCAGCCUAAAUCCCAUUGCUUAAUAUAUUUAUUCCCCAAAGACGACAGUUUUUGAGGUCGUUGACGUAAACUGAAUAACAGACAUUUGCACAAGAUCUUUAUAUUUUAUUCUGGAAUUUUUUAUCACCGCCUGAAUAGCAGAGAUUGUUAGAAAUCAAGAGGAGCAGUCAGGCGUUCAUUUUGUUUUCCUACCAACUUGUCUUAUAUAUGAAUAAAUUGUUUAUGAUAUGAAAGCUGAUUCAGUCUAUAGCCAAGUUGUUUUCUUGUAUUUUUUUGUAUUUUCAUUUUCGGUCCGUGAUACCUUUUCAACCGGACUGAAGUGAAUUAGGUGGUGAUAAGUCCUUUCGUCUUGACUAGUGGGAAAAAUUUUGUUUGCAAUUUUUGGAAACCUUCUAAUGCGCUUUUGUCUUGCCUUCUCUAAUAUAGGAAAUUCGACAGGCGCCUGUUUCAAGGGCUUGCAGAUUUAGGCCCAUGUGGGCUCGGUUUUUCAUUCAGUCCAAAAAAGAUUGCCUCGUUCGUUUUUUUAUUAUUAUCAUUUUUAUUUUAUUUUUUCUCAUUCGCUGACUUGCGUUUUAUUACUUGCGUGUCUGCCACUUUGCAGUUGUAAUAAUCUGUUAGUUCUAAAUGGGUUGUCAUGAUCAUAGUGGUCAUUUGUUGAUGAGUGCCUUAAUGUAAAAGGAACAAAUUUAACGUUGCUUAGGCGAAAGAUAAAUUGAAGAAUAAUUUUGUUACCGAAGCGUUACUUAUAUGUUUAAGUUAUUUUACUGAACAUUAUCUGCAAGGGAUAAUUUGAAUUUCAUGCAUGGCACGCUAAAACAUUUCCUUGUUUUUGUUAGUAACAGUUACUGCCAGAAAAAACUUCCCGGUUGCAUUUAGGGUCAUCCAGUCCGCCUUGUUAUAAGCAUCAGUGCCUAUUGUAGUUUACAUCAGGCCCCUCUGAUAUUAAAUUGUAAUGGUUGAGAAAGAGAUGAAAUUCCUGGGUGCGAAAACUGCUUCUUCAUAAAAACAUCUCAUAAAUUUGAAUUAGACGUUGUUCAACAAAACGACAGCAGCAUGAAGAAAAUAUGGCUGUUUCUUUCGUGUUUGAUGUCAUUACGUUCCUUCAACGUUUUUAGAGUUAUGGGCCUUUUUAACUUGUAGUUUUAAUCACCAUUUUCACAUAGAUCCAUAAUGCACCUUGUUACCCCCCCCCCCCCCUAAAAAAAUAAAACUGCACAACCACGGCCUUCGAUUUAGGGGAAGGGGGACGACUCUAAUACCCAGGAAAUAGUAACAAUGGUUAUGCAAAAUUUUGGGGAGGCCUGGGGUAAACAGGGUGCAGUAUGGUGUACGUGAAAAGAGUGUAUUCAGACCACCUAAAGAUUCAAAAGAAAAUUUGCCAUUGUCUCUGCACGCAAAUGCACUUGGAUAGUGCAAUAUUUGAAUGAUUUGUAAGGUAACAUCGCAUUGUCGGCAGUGGGAAAACAAAACAUAAAAGCUUAAAAGGUCUAGUUCUCUCUCUUUCUGCUUCAUUACGCUGGAAUGAAGAAUGUUUGAAUGCUGUGACAGUGCUUUCGUAAACUCCAUUUUGUCAGAAAUUUAAAAAAAAAACAAGUAGUAAGGUGAAAAAGUAUUGCUUAGAACGCCUCAAUUAAAAGUUUCAGUAACACGAAAUUACCACAUCUACCAUAGCUGAAUUCAGCGUGUAAAAUAGCCAAGUACCGUCUUUUGCGUAUCAAGCAGUUUUGGUGCAGCAGGAAUUUCGCUUUUUCGUUCGUGGGACUGCUUGAGUUAAGCUUUUUCCGUUGGUCUAACUGUUUUGUGGUCAUGGUUACGUGGUGUAGGUUCGAACGGAGCAGCAAAUACUCCAGAAGCUGUCGCAAAACGCUACACCUCAGGUGGAAUACCACUCAAGCUGGAAAGUGUGGAUAAAUAUUGGGGAAUUAAACACGAACUAGCACGGUAAGACCGAAUCAGUUCAGUAAACGUGUCAUAAAUAAUGUCUGAUAAACAUCAAAUCUUCACUGUGGUCGAGAAGGGAAAAGACAAGGAAAUAAUAGUUUGGUUCUGUCUUGCCCCAAAUGCUCUUCGUGAAUGCAAAUCCAAGCUUAACAAAUUUCAUUGUUUUUUCAGGGGUCGUUUCGCAGUUGUCAAACGGUGCUUGGAUGCUAAGACAAAGAAGCCUUAUGUAGCCAAGAUCAUCAAGUAUGACGACGAUGCAGACAGAGAUGAGUCGCUCCAAGAAUUCGAAAUCCUGCGUAAAGUAAAAAGCGACAAAAUCGUGAUGUUACGUGACGCCUUCCUCAUGAGGAAAUACAUCGUCCUCAUAAUGGACUUGUAAGUACAAUGGAAAUUGAUACGGACACCCAUAUGUUCAGCAGAACCCGACUCUACAGACACCUACUUAAUACAGACACCCAUUUGUACAGUGAAACCCCAGUCUACAGACACCUGCUUAACACAGACACCCAUAUCUACAGUGGUACCCCACUCUACAGACACCUGGGCCCAGCUGUUUGAGGGCUGAUUAACGCUUAACCCAGGGUUAAAUGUAACCCAGGGUGUUUGUAGAGUGACGUUCCACUGUAAUCCGCUUAAUACGGACACCCAGAUAAUAUGGACACUAUGGCAUGUCCCCUUGGUGUCUGUAUUACUGGAGAUAAAAGGGACACCUACUUUUUGAGAGUUGAUUUAAGUUGUGAUUGAACACGACUCUUUGAUUCCCUCGUUGUGAGGGUCUUGUAGUAAUCACUACACGCUAUGAUUGGCUACAAAAUCUCGCAACCGAAAACAGUGUAACUCGGUCACGCUUUCUAAAGAACCAGUGCUCAGCCCAAUUUCAUUUGUCAGUUACUGAAACACAAACAUAUACCCACUUGCCUUUGCUGUAGAGCUUUCACAUGAUAGGAGUACAGUUGUAACUUUAAGUGCAACUGGGCAAUUUCAUCAUUUGCAUCUUCAAAGUUAACCAAUUUGUAAAGCUGAGCAAUUUUCAAAACACCACUGAGGCCCAGUUGCUCGAAGCAUGGCUAGCGUUAACCAGCGUUUUAUACGUUGACAACAUAUUGGUUUUGAUACUGCUUAACCAAUGGUUAAAGCUAACCAUGCUUUGAGCAACUCAGCCCAAGAGAUCAUAUCUUAUUAUGAUCGCUUGGCAACACAAAAGCACAGUUCUGCGUAGAGUCUGAUUCUCAGACUAAAAACUGAAGCCACUUUGCGUUAAAAAAUAAUGAUAAAAGUACCACAGGAGUUGUACAGCUCGGUAGUGGACUACGUUCACCCGAACGAUGAAAUUCAACCUACUUUUGAAAUGACUCCUGGGUUCAAACCUGUCACAAUUUUGUAUCAAUGUCAAACCAUACAUAACUUUCGCUUCAGCAACUUCUGUUUAAUUUUUACCCAUGUCAGAUUGGAAGGACAAGACAUUCUUAGUUUUAUUGCAUCCAAACCAAGGCCGAACGAAGAGGAUAUCGCCUUUGUUAUUCGACCACUCCUUGAUGUAUUGAGCUAUCUUCAUGGUCAGUACAUAGUCCACUUAGACUUACGGGUAAGUUGGUGGAUCAAAGUUGUACUAAAAAAUUCAAAUAAAUAAAUGUUCGAAAGAAGACAAGAAGGUAUAAAUAGCACAGAAAAUACAAAAUGAGACACGGGUGGACAAACUUGAAGAAGAUUGAAAAGGAUUGCAAUUGCGGUUAGUUUCUAUAGAGCGCGCAAGAUGAAUUUCUCCCUUCGCCCUUAAAAAUAACCAGCUCCCACAUACGCAAGCUAUAGAAUUCCCUUCUUUUGCGAAAAGGUUCCCCCGGGCAAAUUUUGCACGAUUUGUCCUCUAACAAAACCAGUGGACUAAACGAUAUGUGAUCUGAUUGUUCCUUUUCUGCUUAACAGCCUGCGAACAUUUUUAUUGCCAAGAGUAACCUCGCACUGAAGCUUAUCGACUUUGGAAGUGCUCAUCAAAUUAAAGCGAAGGACUGGAAAAAAGGCGAGAACCUGGCUAUUGUCAGCUAUAACUCUUUCACGGGUAAGUUGAGAUAAUCAGUAAACAGAGUGACUCUAUUUCAUUUGUUACAUUGAGUAGAUAGGUGUGUCCCUUUUGAGAAAGGGAUGACAACAGUACAGGAUGCCCCUUCUUGUUUUUAUCGACCUAAAUAAGGCUUUAGCAUUAGGAAUAAAUGGGUUUAGUAACCCUCUGUUUGUUUGUUGUUGUUGUCGUUUUAUUUAGUUUAAUGUGAUAUUAAUAUGUAUGAAAUCUUAAGGGAAAAAAAACCGUUAACAGCCGCUUAUAAGCCGUCGCCUUUGCAUCUUUGUGAGGGGUUUUAGAAGGGCUUAUAAACGAAGGAGUGUAUAUCCGAGGGGGAUUAUAAGUGGAAUAGACCAAGCGCUUCUAACAAGCUAUAGAAGAGUUGGUUACAAUAACGUUUGCAUUUGCUAGUUUUUAACUGGGCUUCAAAACGUCGUAAUAAAUCGAAUUUAAUACAAUACAUUUGGGCGGGGGUUAUAUUCCAGGGUGGGGGCUUAUAACCGGAUGAAUUUUUGUUUACAGGCAGAUGGGCCUUAAGGUGGGGGGCUUACAGCAAAGAGCCCAAAAGGGUGACCUCCUUUAAUCAAUUCACAUUCUUUCAUGCAGGCAUUAAGCAAUCAGAAGUCGAGGACAGUUUCCCGCCGGCUUCUGAUUGGAUUAAAUCUGCACGAAAGAAUGUGAAUGAAUUAAAAGCGGUCACACUUCUGGGCUCUUUCCCGUGAUAGCGGCAGUUAUGGGUAGACUCCAUUCAGGUGUAAUGCGCAAAACCUUACUGUGAGUCCCAAAUAUCAAUUCUAGUGGAUUAACCACCUGAUCUGCCUGCCUAUAUGUCGGAAAGGUCUCAUGUGAAAGUUAACAUAGAUAGAUUUUCUCCCGACUUUUUUCUAGCAUUUUCCGAAUUGAACUUUGAAAAUUGUAAUGAAGUUCAACUUUGGCUGAGAGUGAAAGGGCUUGUUUUCGGUCUGCGUUGUGAACUCAUAUAAAAUUUUGCCAUUUUCUCAGCCCCUGAACUUGUGGAUCUCGAUGACCCUUAUCUUGUCAGUGGUCCAGCAGACAUGUGGAGCAUUGGGGUACUUUUAUACGCCCUGUAAGUAUAUACUAGUGAUAACCAAAGUGCGGGCAAUAAAACAGAAAAUUCUAAAGCAAUCUGAUUUGCUUACGGAACGAAUACAAGCGCUCGUGGCUUUUGAAAUCAAUCGAUAUUUCGCCUUGACGUCAUUUUAUUACGUGGCAGUAUGAUUGGACAAAACAACGAUGCCUUUUAUGUGCCAUACAGAGUGAUUAUGAUUAUUGUGAUGUGUCCUUAGUGCCCAUGACCACUCUGUGUCAUAAAGCAUUCAUACUAUAAGGAACAACUAGAUGUCGGGGGGGGGGAGGAGGGGCUAAGCAAAGGAGUGUUUGACAGACGCACGUCAACCGGAAGUGAGGACUUUUACUAUGCCUUGACGCUGUAAUAUCUGUAUUGCUUAGUUUCUUUACACUUUUAGCGUGGAUUUAACUGAAAAUUUGGGGAAAACCACUGCUCAGGAAUGUAACAAGUCCACUUUCGGUUGACGUGCGUCGCUUAAAAACGCCUUUGCUUAAGCUUCCUAUUGAUCACUCUCAGCUAAGUCCCAUCAUCUAAGUCCGAUCGUCUGUGUUUAUAGAAUGAGCGGUGAACUACCGUUUGCAGCGCAAACCACAGAAAAUGAAGACGAAGACGAAGACGAAGCGGUAGCCAAAUUAGUCAAGAGGUGCAAAUGGAGUUUUGAUUCCAAGGCCUUCCAGCGCUGCACCUCUGAAGUUAAAAGCUUGAUUUCUUCCUUGAUAACCUUCGACCAGGAGUAAGUAAUGUGACAGGUCUUCAUAUUAUCCUACAGUAGUGUUAAUUAAAAAAAAUUACCGGCGAAGUUGUUAUUACCAGAGUUCGCACAGUCUUGAAAAGUGCUUGAAUUUAGAGGAAGUCCGAAGUCUCUUAUCCUUGAAAAUUCCUUGAGUUUUACUAUACUAGAUUGGUGUGUAGGAAAAAAAUGUUAGAAUUUGAGUAUAUUCUGUUUUUAAAGAAUGUGUAAGUUAGCCUUCCGGAAAAUAGCGCAAAAAAAAAUUAUGCGUGCCAUUCUACAGGCUUAGGGUCUGUUUACAUGAAGGUGGGGGACCCCAGGUAGGUGAGAUAACAUGUGGUGGGUCACCCCACUUAUCUAAUCAAAUUAAAAUGAGAGAUAAUAUUGACAGGGGAAUUAGCCUACCUAAGCGGGUUACCUCACCUACCUGGGGUCCCCCAUCUCCAUGUAAGCAGGCAACUGGUUUUGGCUGGUUUUGAGCAUGGGCAAUUGUGCGCUAUUGUUUGGUGGUUACUCCAGCAAAUCUGACAUUUCCCAAUGACCAAAGCAAUCUUUUUUGAAUCAGCUGUAUAUAUAAUUUCCAUCAUGCUCUUGCGCAUGUCACGUGGAUUGAAUGGAAUGGAGUUUUGACAUUUCGUGGCCUGGUGUUGUGUUGUUUGUCUUGAUGGUUAGGUAUUGGAAUUGUGAUUGAAAGGAAGAAAACUUGAAAAACAAAACUGCUCCUUAAAACGUCAUUGACUAGGUUCUUAAUUUCCUUGUGAACCCUAUUUGCAGUUUGUGUCAUUAGUAUACGUACUCAUCGAAGAUAAGGCGUCGCGGUAAGAAAUUUUGGGGUGAAGAAAAACAAUGCACGCGAAGGAACUGGAAACGCGCGUGUUCUCCUUGUUCACGGUCACCACUACAUUUUUCACCUGAUUAUUUCUUUGCUCAAGAAUAGCUCAUGAACUGACAUAUCCUUCGUAUGAAUUAUGAAAAGCGAGGAAUAUAAAACUGAUUUUAAGGAAACAGCGCCGAUCAAAACCUAGAGAAUUGCUGGGUGGCAAACUGCUACAACAAGCCUCGAAUUCUCUGUAAAAUGUCUAGUUUUCAGAAAAUGCUUAAAUCCCAGAUAGUCCAGAUACGUAUUGUCAGUUUUCGGGUUUGUUGUUAGUAUUAUUAUUUUCUUGAUAACAGGCCAAUGACGCAUAAACUCUAGACAGGAAUUUGCCCCCUUUCCCCCCGGGCAGGGGGGGGGGGGUACAACCUAUAAUGGCCUUUACGGAGAGGCCCUGGGCAUGGGGGAGACUCCGCCCGUAAGGGGUAUCUUUUUCAGGCUUCUGGUAUAUCAAAGGGCAGGGGUAUUACCUCUUAAGCUAUACGAAAGGGUAAGAAAAUCUGUCAUUUCAGUCUGUGAAAGGACUUAACUGAAAGGUCUAGCAAGCACUGUUUAUGGCUUUGAAAAAGACUAAAAAACGUUCUGGUUUAUAGACCUUUGUCACGCGGCGACCAUUUAGUCCCAAGAGAUUGAAAAAGCUUUCUAUUUGCACGGCUAGCAUCGUUCAAACAACGAGCUAGCUAUUGAUUUUUUUUUUUUUUUAAUAUUUAAAACUGUGCAUUUAUAGCAGUUACAAGGGAUCUAGUGCACUAAACUAGUAUAUUAAAGAGAUACCAGUUGUCAAUAAAAAGGAUACGAAAGGGCUUCCUUUUCUGUCAAAAAUAGUAUAUAUCAUAGAAAAGUCAGGGGUUGUAGCUCAGGGCGGAGCCUCCCCGUAUAAAAUUUUGUUGAAAACUCAUUCGUUUGUUGAAGUUGUUCGUCCAACGUUUUAAGCUUUGUCUCGCAAGUACGGUGCCUCCCUGACUAAUAAAGACAAAACCUGGGUACUAGUUCUCACUACUGUGACUUGAUGUCGUAGUUCAAGGGUUUCGGUUGUUAUAUAUCAACGAUGUUUCUAUUGAUUUUCUUCAGGAAACGCCCCACAGUGGAACAAGCCAAAAACCAUCCCUGGAUUCUGGUAAAAUACUGUUCUGCUUGACCCUUUAAACCCUAAUAUCAAAAUUGAGUUUCUCAUUUACUAUCCUUAUAGUUUUUCAAUAGAAGUAGUAGGAAGAAUUUGUUGAAAUAUCAAUUAGACUCAUCUUCCCCGAUCAUGACCUUAAUUCUCAUGAUUACUCUGCUUUCUAAAGCAUUGAUAUUAUAAGGAGAAAUUUCAUGCUGAUCACUCUUAGUCUUUAGGGCUGAAAGGGUUAAUUGAUUACUUGUCGGCAAACUUUGUGUAUCAUACCCCUAUUUAGGUAAGAGUACCCUUUCGGUUAGGAGAUAGUUCGUCGGUACCUUUCCGCUGUUCGUUCGUCAGCUUUCACAAAUGUGUUACUGUAGCAUUCACUUUAAGUUUAAAUUUAACCAGCAUUUUGUACAGCAAGUUGUAUGGUCACGACUGACUUCAACUGUGCCUAUAUAAACCUGGAGAGCUCUGAGGCUCUUUUGUUGAAGUUUGGGGGAAAUCUGUCGUAGCAUUUCGUAUAGCCUAGUAGUAGCUCAACCAAUCAGAACGCAGCAUUGAAAAAGGACCACUCGUUGGAUUUACCUAAAUGCCUAUGUCUUAAACGUUUUGAUACCUUCAAGGAAAUAAAUAAAAUCUUCUUAAAGUUCCACGGAACUAACACGCACGUAAUUAGGUUCGGGACUCCUUAAGUGUACGUUUCUUUCAAUUUAACCAGACGAUAUACCAGCGUCCUAAUUUGCAUCUGCCGUUUGUUGAUUUCUUGACUUCUUUGUCAAAGCUUUGCUAUUUUGUUGUUAUUCCAGGCUGACAAUUUGCAGAAACGUCGCUCAUCAGACGUGAACAGUUCCAAGCUUAAAGAUCUUAGCCAGCAACUCAUGAAAAAGGUAUAAAAUAAUAAUGAUGAUAAUAAAGCGUAAAAACUUGAUAAGCAAUACCGAAUUCAUACGUACAAGUAGUGAUCAAUGGUCCAUGGUCCAUCAUUAGCUUUUAUGACACACGGCCUUGCAAUGGAUCGAAUUAGUAUGUCAUCGUUGACGGGAGAUCUCUUGUUGUUUCUUGCACAGUACCUCACUUUUGUUUUUUCGCUUUGCCAGGACAAAGAAGAUGUGGUCACUGCAUCUUGUGUCCUUAGGACCUUCAGUGAGGACCCAUACGACUCACCGGACUCAGACGAAGAGUAG